CCGACCUACUUGCACGGCUGCAGGAAAAUUUUUUGAUCAAAACCUAAAAACAACAGCCGUUUACCGGCCAAUUUCGCUUGGGAAUCGUCGAAGGAGUUUCGUUGGAAAAGAGGCAAAAUUCGAGUGGAAUCGACGAUAAAAAUGGCCCAGGUUUUGCGUAAAUUUUCAAGAUAGCUCUCCGCUGUAUGUUACUCAGGGAAAACACAGCUGAUCUGGAAGCAUGGAGGGAAAGAAACUCAGGGUUCAGUUCGAGCGGCGAGUCGAUUCAGCUUGGUCUUGGUUGAUUUGCUUCACUUCGUUCAUGAGCCAGUUUAUAGUUCUAGGAACUCACAACUCAUUUGGUUCAUUUUUUGUGGCAUUAUUGCAAGAAUUUCAUCGCAGCGAAGCUGAAACAGGUACGAUUAUGAACAAUCAUAUUUUCCCCCCACUUUCACCGCGCGAUUGACGAUAAAAAAUUGAUUUCGUCGGCAGGUUGUUGAGACAGGGACUCGCGAAUUUUCUGUUCUCUUUAUUCAUGGUUAAAUUUUGUCGCGACCAAGGAAAAUUGCAAACAGAAAUGAAGGAAAUCAAAUCGAGAAAAAUAAAUUCCCAGCCGCUUCGCUCAAAGUACAUAACUCGAAACUUGAUGAUAGGCCAGGAAACCACGCGAGUGUUGUAAGAUAUAUAUCAGCUUUUGUUGCGCCAAACAGAUUGACAAAAAUUUAUAGAACAUUUUGAUCUCUCAAUAAUUUUUCUUCAAGUUUCUCCAAUAUUAAGUCAUGAGGAGCUUAGUAACGGGAAAUAAAAUUUGUUCUUUCUGUAAAACCGGUUGUACAGCGCCGUGAUGAUCUCACUGCCAAUGUGCCACGGUCUGUUGACUCUUGUUCCACGCGCGGAAAAGGAAAACCCCUCGAGUAGUUCAGGAGCGUGCGGUGGGCUCAAAUUUAUCGCUUGCUAAAUGAGUUUUGGCCUGAAACGUUUUGGUCAACCUGAGUUCAUACACAAAUAAACCAUCGGUUAUCGCUGGUUUUGGGUUGUAGAUUGUCACCCAUAUCUUGGUCUCCUUGCUAAGUUUAUUUUUUAAUUCACUUAAGUGCGCCCAAUUCUGUAUGAAUACUACCCAAAUCAUGCGACAGGAAAUCCGGAGCUGCUUUCAACAUAUUUCGUCAGCUGCAAGUAACUGACGGAAUGUAUUUUUCCUUACCAACUUGUUUUAUAAUGAGCAGUCUUCAAUUUGUCCUUGUUAUUAUUCGAUGUAAUAAAAAUUGCUUAUAAACAUCUGCAUUGCUUUGCAAAUUGUAUUUUCCGUUCUCGGACUGGAACAUAUGUAUCGAUCGGCUUCAUGCGAAAAGGUCAACCGUUCGACAAGUGAGGAUUUUAAAUGCCAAGUGGCUAAACAAACAGCGCAUUUUUCAGGAUGGCACGGAAUUUUUUUCUCUGUUUGAUUUCCUUUCCGGACGUUUCUUGAAAAACGAGUUUUACAGUACUACUCGGCAGCUUUUAUUUUUUCAUAGGCAUUACCCAAGAUAUUAGCAGAAAAGUCGCGCAAAAUUCUGCAAACUCGCCAAACAGGGUUUUCCCGGAGAAAAUGUUCACCACAAAAAUCAUAAAUAUACAUAACUAAUUUGUUUACAACCUAUGUUUCUGAGAAUUUCGAACCGUCUACUUAACCUGUCGAUAUAAAAUGUCAUUUUGAGGGAAAAAUCUCAUGGCGGUGGUAAACUGCCCGAGGGAUGUUUGGAGCAAUGGAUAGCGAAACAACUUAAAUGUUUCGAAAAUAUUUAUCUGAGGAAACCCUUGUUUUGCAUUACCAUUUUUUUUUUCACGCAAGUGCAAAGUCCACAUCUUGUAUAAAAGACACGCGUGAAAAACACGUGGGGGGCCAGGGCACUCCUUAUUUGCCUCAUUUGCAUAAGGGGUAUGUGACGCUGUACAGGGUAUGGCUUUUGGGGUCCUGUGGUUUUCAGGGUAUGCAUUUGUACACGUACAAGUCGAAUCCCGGUAACUCGAACCCUCCAUAACUCGAACCUCCCGCCAACUCGAAGCAAUUUACAUUUACCUUCAGAUCGUUUUCUGUAUAAUUUUACCCUCGAUAACUCGAACUCCCAAUAACUCGAACUUUUUUCUAUUUCCCUUGAAGGUUCGAAUUAUCGGGUGUAUUAUACUAUUUCGCGUUGCGGGAGUGUGACUUAUAAAUUGGCCAUGUACAGUCUUCAAGUGGUCUCAAGUGUGCUAUCCAUUUUUUUUUAUUUAUUCGAUAAUGUCCGCUAAAAAAGCUCAUUUCGGGGUACGAACCGAACCGAAUAAGGGUCAUGCAAAAAGGUCUUUUGUCUUAAAAAGGGUAGCGAACCCGGGGAGGGCGGGGUAGCGAAAUGAACGGUUUUUGUCUUAAACAGGGACAGGGUGUGAAAGCCUUAUCGGCACUCACCCUACGCACACUUUCAUUAAGUGCCCCCUCCCCUUAGGUAACAUUGAUUCUAAAUUUCUAGUCUGUGAGAGAACUUGCCUUUCGAUGCCGUGACCAUCAAGAGAACCUCUUUUACGAUUAUAUCGUGCCCCAUAGAAUCUUCCGGAAGUUUACAUUACAGUAAUGAAAACGGGAAAUAUUCUUCUAUGGGUUCUGUGGGUGGGCUGAUCAAACCUCUUCAGGCAUUUGUCUUUGGCGUAUUUAAAGGACUAAAAGCCUUUCUUCCCCUGAACAUAAUUAAUUACUUGUAAUUGUAACGAAUUGACGCCGACGGGUUGGGUUCGGGAAGGACAAUAAAAAACCAUCUGAGGGUCUCGAGAAUCUGUGAUCCCCCCCCCUCCCUCCCUGCCAUCUGAAGGUAUUUUUUUGGCGGUGUUUUUUUAAUUGGCAUGAGAAACAACUAAGCGAGAUGUGGAAACAGGCUCUUGUCCAAUUUUUUUCCCAAAACGUUGUCACAUUUAUGAUAAUUAGUUUUGUAUUGAAAAUACAUUUGCGUAUAAAACACGUGGUUAUUCGAUAUUCAUAGGUAAAGCUGUUUGCAUGAAUUUGUAAAUGGAGAUCACUGUAUUUUCCGGAAAGAAAUCCGCGAGCGCAAAAACGCAACGGUCACGCGAGGAGGGAGAUAAGGGAACACCCAUUUGUUCCCCUUCCUUCCCAACCCCCCCCUGGCAGACCUUGGCGUCCCCGCGCGCCCUAAUUCCUCUCUCCUCUUCUAUAUCGAUUGCUGGGUAGAAUAAGACGUUUCACCCAACGAAGUGUUCGUACGGGGGAGGGGGCGGGGGGUGGAAGGAAAUCGGUAAACUAGGUUUUCGAGGAUCAGUAGUGGUUUGGUGGCCUGGCCUGGAGGGGUGACUUUGAACAGGCUGGGGUAACCAUCGACCGCCUAUUCUGAGUCCGACGACCCGAUACCAAAUCCUGAAUUGUAAUUAUUUUUUUGUUCUCAUUUACCAACAGCAUGGAUUGGCUCUCUGGCGAUGGGAUUAACGUUUAUGUGUGGACCAAUCGUAACCAUUCUCUGCGACCGAUGGGGAUAUCGAGUUGUCAUGUGCCUUGGUAGUGUUAUUCACUUGGCGGCCAUGUUGAUGACGUCAUUUGUGCCCCACAUGCCCUUGAUGUACAUCACCUACAGUGUUUUAUUUGGUUUUAGCUCUAGUUGCUGUUAUUUUUCUUCUUUGAACGUGCUCAUAAUUUAUUUCAACAAAAAUCUCGCCUUGGCCAAUGGAAUCGCAACGGCAGGCGCCGGAGCAGGAACGAUGUCACUCAGCUUAAUGAUUGACAAGUUAAUAUCCACCUAUGGUUUUAGGAUCGCUUUCCGGAGCUUGGCGGCGUUAUCCGUUUUGCUUUUCAUAGCUGGUCUUACUUUUUUACCCGUGGACUUCAGGGAGGAAGAGGAGUGUCUAAAUAAAACAAAAAUUAAAGAACAAGAACUGAUGAAAGCAAAAGACAAAAUGAUUUCCAGAAUCAGAGAACUGCUGAAACCAUCUCCUGUGUGGAGAAAUAAAGCUUUUGCCGUAUGGGUAGUAGCUAUGUUUAUGACUCUCAUCGCCUACUAUAUUCCUUACAUGUACCUGGUAAGUAUUUCCAUUUCAACCUAGUAUCAGUUAACAGCAAAAAACACACCUACUAGUCUUGGAUUCUGGAUUCCACGCUGUGGAUUCCGGAUUACCUUACAUGGGACGAAUCAUUUCAGAAUACACUUGAACCUCUCUACAACGACCACCUUGGGAACAGACAACAACAACAACUUUUUUGACUUUAUCUUCGACAUGAAGAUUUCAGUACCAAAACAAUAACAAAUGAAAAAAGUAAAAUAAAAGUUAAGUAAGAAAGAAAGGAACAAUUGAAUAUUAUCAGAAACUCAUUACCAUAAAAGAAAACGUUACUUGGCUAUGUACGGCUUCUACGCUACUCGUAUGGUAAGAAAGUUUCGAAAAGUUUAAUUAGAGUUCGGAUGCAUAACAAUUUAGAAUAUUUUCAAUAUAAGAGGCACUAGGAUUCAGAUGCUUCUGAUCGCACAUGGACGCAAUGCUCUCAAAAUAGUGCUAUGACAUAUUCAUUAAAUUACUGUUUAUCAGUAUAAACUCUCCAAGAAAUGCGCUAUGCUGAGAAAGUGAUGGUGGUACAUUUCAACAGAUGAUGGAAUUCAUCGCAAUUUCGGAUCUCUAAUACAGGGGCAAAGCCUCAGCAGAAGAAAUGGCCAUUGUAGAGAAAGUUCAAAACAAAGGUUUCAUGAAGACUGUCCGCUGGCCUGCAUGGCAAGCGUUUCAAUCAGGCCAACUUUCCUGGAACCCAAAACCUCGCGAGAAACGCUUGCUACGCAGAGCUAACAUCCGCCAAACAAAUGACCAUUGUGGGAGGUGGCUGUUGUGGAAGUGGUAGCCAUUAUUGGAGGUUCGAUGGUUAAUGUAAAAAAAUAUUGCAAACGGGCGAGCAGUGGCGGAAGAGAGUUAGAGGCACGAGACCCGGGUCUCCAUGCCACACCAACAAUUUAGAAGCUAACUUUCAUUUUUGGCAGUUCUUAUUUAAAUCAUUUCUUUUCUACAGAUUAAAUCUGGCAGAGGCAUUAAAUUCCCUCCAGUCAGGCGCUCUUCUGGUCCCAGCUACUUCGGCAUGGCUCAAACAGUUGAAAGGUCUCUUCCUUCAAACGGAGACUCACCACCCCCACCCCGAAUAAGUCGUUUGACUCUGAAACUCAAAUAUCUCUAUUGGUAAUUGCGGUAGCGCAUGUCUGUGCCACUGGCCCGAUCUCGCCACAGCCUUACUCACGUACUCUCUGGUGUCGGGCCCUGUUCGAUGGUUGCCUUUGCGUAAUGAUUGGCUUGGCCUCAUGACAUCGUGGGACAGGGAUGAUGGCCAAAGCUGUGGGACACUCUUUGGAAUGGCAGUCCCAAUGGCAAUACGGACCUCCCAUGAGUACAUAUCCUUCUGCUGCUGCGAGCAUUGUCUUGAGUUUAGGACUGGCUAAGAGCAAAUGAGGGGACUAGAGAUGGGUAGGUGGCCAUCCCUCUUUCUUCUAAUACCUCGGUUCCUGCCUCUUUCUUCCGCGCCUCGCCCCGUUCUUCGCCCUUUUCUCAGUCCUCAGUACCCCCUGUAAGGGGCAACAUCCCAGAACUAGCAUCGUCUUGGCAAGUUACCUGUGCGAAGAGGUCUCACAGCACCAAAAGUGAUAAAGCCUUUUUGGAUUUACUAAGUUGCAUGCUCGAGAUUUGCUUGAGGCAGGUAACCAAAUAUGUAGUUGACUUUGUAACUGUUUCAAUUUUGUUUCAAUAGUUUUUUUCUUCGCCUGUAUAUGACACCAGUGUAUGAAUACCGUAAAAAUUCCGACUUUGGAGGCUUAUGCCUGAACUGAGGAAAUUUGUCUCAAAAUCUGAUUGAAGCUAACCUUAUAGUUGGGAGCAAUUUAUGUCCAUAAUUGAAAGUUUUCAAAGGACAUGGAAUAUUUUGGAGCUCAUCCAUGCAAGUACUUUGUCUAUAUGGAGCGAGGAACGCCAAGAGUGAAAAGGAACUACGCAAACAGCAAUAUAUCAGAGCACCUCGACCGGGUACUAUGUUGACACAAGCAAUACAUGCAGUUCUUUUGGCAGAUGGAAAAAUCUUUAUGUGUUAUUGCAUUUCUUGUUUUAUUUUUGAAUUUGAGGGCAGUUUCAAGUACAAGCUCCUGGGGCUAUAUUUGAGGGGUGAUUUAACGAAGGGUUUUUGCGUUGAGAAUUUGGGGGCUAAUAUUUGAUAGGCUUAUACACGAAGGGGCUUUACUGAGUUUUACGGUAUGUAAUCCGAAAUUGAAACUCGUCAAUAACCUUGCAAAACCAAUUUUUCGUCUUCAAAACACUCCAAUUUGCCUUGAAAAUGUCCACCCCUAUCGCGCGGCCAAAUUGACAAGUAUGACGUAGAAUGGUUUGCAAGAUCAAAGUGCAUAGUAAUGACAUAAAUCGAAGCGAGUCUGAGUCAACUAACUGACGUCACAUGACGUCCCAACCUUUCUUUUGAUACUCUACUUUGGCGUCGUUGGAAGUAGUUUUUGGAUGGCCAAAAAAAAAUUAAGAAAUCAUUUUUUGGAGACAUACUUUUAAAGUUCAGCAACUGUUAAUUAAACUUUAUCCAUGGACCAAAAUAAGUUUGAAAAAAUCUCGUGUCAUAUACACUUUAAUGCAUAACGUUGAGUAAAGAUUAAUUAAUAUUUUCACCUUUCGUCCUCAUCUAGACACGUUCAAAAAACACGGAGAACCAGGGAUGCUGCCUUCUAAUGAGGGUAUUAGCUUUCAGCAGACCGAAUGGAAAUUCUAUUGAGGCGAUUGGAAACGAUAAGGAUCAGGCCCUAACCCAGCAUUGUGCUUCAUUUUUGUUCAUAUUUUCAGGUCUGCUCUAUGACAGUACAGGCAGCUUCAAUAUAACAGUGUUCUUCUGUCCAGCGGACCUGUCGUUGCGGAAGCUGCAUCGUGUUCCUCGUCCCCAUUCUUGUCCCUUCUAGGAAAAACCCCGCAAAAGUCUUCAUCCCGAGAUAACUGUCUCAGCAAAUAAUGUUAUUGACUUAGAGGAUGAUUUUUUGAGAUCAGAAAGCCAAGUAAUCCUCAAGUCUCGCUGGAAAGUUUCCCUUGAAUUCAACGAAGUCGUUUACAUGUGGACAGAUUGAACUUGGGAUCACGCAAAAACAGUUUCAUAUUGUUUUCACUGUUCCCGAGGGGAGUUUUCGGAUAUCCCUGUUAAAUAGGCGAUACCCAACAGCAGAGAAGCCAGUCACACAUCCCCGGCAAGACUGUCCGAAAUAGAGUUGACAGUCAACGUAAACAGUUGUUUAAGUUAGGAGCCUGUUGCAGAGGCGGAAACGUCAGGGACAAGCGCAGUGGUCUCUCGAGCUUAUGACUGAACCCUGGUUGACGUCGAGCUGGUAACAAAUAAAUCGUUUGAAAGCCUCAGAAUGCAGGUUCAAUUGAGCAAAAAGUUGGACAGGUGAUUGGUACCUCCAGACUAUGACAGCAAAGAUAAUCUUCCUUAUAUCACAAUUUCCAAGUCUACAGAGAGCGGGUUCGUAUCCGAGGAGUCAGAUGCAAGUCUUUAUAGUGAAAACCAUGACACUAACAAAAUUGUUUCGUCCACGUCAAACCUGGACGAAAAUCGCUUAAGUGGCUACUCAUGGAAUUCAACUGGUAGUGAUCUCUCAUGGAAGACGCAGAGUUUGGACCUGGUACUAAAAGACAAUACUGAAAAGAAUAAUAAAAUAAACAGUGAUUUAUUAGAAAAUAGCCUCAAACAAGACCCAAUAACAGAGAGGGGCUAUUACAGGAGCGAUACCUCGCUUACCAUAAAGGACAAUGAUCUUGAACUUUAUAGUGGUGCUGUUCACCGUGUGAAGUCGCUGAUAGUUGAGGGACCACUAAUCAACGAGCCGGAUCCUCCAGUCUGCUUCAUUAAGUCUGAGGAUAAAUCAACGUGCGCAGGAGAAGAGGAGGAAAGUGACUUUUCCGGUAAGGCUGUUGCCUUAGUUAAAGAGUUAACCCAACAGAGUGAUGUUUCAAUCCCUGAAUUACCUCUAGCGCCCGAUUAUUACAGUGAAAUGUUUGAAGGGAUAUUGGAAGAGGUUAACGAAUAUGUCGAGUAUUUCUCGGAGUUGUCCAGUUUCCAGGACGCGCUUAAAACAUGGCCAAAAGUUAGUGUGACAGAUCUUUCCUUGUGUGAACGAGAAACGGUAGUGUAAAUCAAAUGGAUAGGCCAGUGUAAACCUAAUAGAAACGCUAGUAUAAACCAAAUUGUACUAACUGAGAGCAGUGUGGCAAAAUGCACUGCUAGCGCUUAGGAGCAAGUUAACAUACAGACAUCAACCACCUGGUCUAAUGAACCGUCUGCUAAGUAACAUAACACUGGGUGGAAGGCGCCUCAGUUUGUUCGGAGAAAUCACAUAACAAGUUGAUUGGACAAAACAGUCGAAUAAUGAUAUUUGACAGAUUAAAUUCAGUAUAUCAAGCACUAAAAUGAAAAUUAUCCUCAUUCCACACAUUGGUCUUAUCAUGUCCAAUAUUCUUGGAGCGAAACUAUAGAUACGCGAAGAAACCUCCGACAAUGAAUCUCUUGUUAUGAUGAUACUGAUUAUAUAGAGAAAUAAACCGAGCUUAAAUUACGCGACAGGAAGUUUUUCACUUUCCACUAAAAAACAAAUAAUGUCGACUGAUUUUUCAAAACAUCGCAAACCUUAUUUGCUGUUGCGAACUAAUUACGAAAUAAAGUUAACGCUUAUGGCUACUGAAGAAGGUCAAUCAAAAGCGUGCAGACUGAGAGCCACAUCUCCCCGUGCAAUAAGUUUACUAUGUUUAGGAUGUGUUCGAUUGAUAAUUUUCCGAAAUAAGAACAAAUGAAAUUCCUUGUUUUGGCACUCAUUACGUCGGAACAUCUAGAAAUCUACUUGAACUGAAUUGGUAACAACGUUUUUGUGUAUUCUUAUUUCGGAAUACGAUCAGUCGUACACACCCUUAUAUAGGCGAAUCUCUGAAUGUUGAAAGAGCAUAACAAUUUCAGUUAUCUCUGAAAAUUUGAGCCCGAUAUAGUGAAUGGUUUCGGAGAAAUUCUCUUUUAAAAAGUCGAAAUUUUACUAAGAAUGUAUGACUCAUUAACUUUUUUGCCACCUAGCAAUUUAAUUCGUAGUUUUCGAUGGCUGAUAUUUCCUUCAAUAUUGCUUGCAAAGAGCUUAAAAUUGCACAAAUAACUCAUUGACAAGUUAAUCAGCUCUUUCAACGUUUGAAUUUAGUUCAUAUAUACGGCCACGGCUUCUAUGAGUUAAGUCGUAUGCUCAUGAGGAAAAAUGUAAACAAUGACGUUUGCAAAGAUUCGCCUAUACCUUAGGCUUAAAUGAAUCACGAAUACCUAUGGCAGUGUAUUCGUACAAGCUUUCCAGUACGGUGGUUCAGAUCCAUUCCUUGUAGUGUUUGAGGCUGACCAAACAUCCCACCGCGGUCAAGAGUACAAUGACGACGCGUGCACAAAUUUAGUUUUGGCAAAUGAUGACCCAAGGUGGAUCUCAGCAAAAAUUUAUUACAUAAGUCACGGCAGUAAGAAAAAGGAAUAAAUGUUUUGGAGUUUGUCGUGAAAGAAAAAAUGGGAAAGAACAUUUCUGUACAGCUUUUCGUGCAGUAAAAAUACGUAAAGGAAGGUCAGAUAGCUCUGAGACGAACCAUUCAGAGUGACUGUAUCCCAAAAUAGCUCAACAUGCAAUUUGCAGGCCUGGUCUAACGCCAGUCGUCUCUUCUAAGUCAUCAUCUCUGAUACAACUCCUUUGACUGGUGUUCAUAAACGUAUUUUGUUUGCAAUCUUAGGGCACCUGCAUAUCUGCAAAAUAGAACGAUUAGGGCCGACCUGCACCUAUUCCAAACAAGGUUUGUGAUUGGCUGGGAAAACAAUAGGGAUGGUGACAUAACAAUGCUCCUAUCCCUGAAAACAGUAGGUAGUGCAGGUUAUAGGGACCAAUAAAAUAAGAGGUUUGGAUGGGUGCAGGUCGAUCGAGCGAUUAACAAAAAUAUUGUAUUUUAAUUUUUUUUUAUAAAUUGGGCAAUCGGACCAAAAAUGGCAGUGUUGCAGGAAUAUUCUUACUGAUAUACGUACAUCGAAAACUUACGUCGGAAAAAGAAAACAGUUUUUUUGAUUUUAUACAAAAAGGGCGUUGGGCUAUAACUAAAUCCGUUGUUGGUUAGAUCAAGAUUAAACCUACUCUAUAUAUUGCUGAUGAGAAUUGUGUACAUUCUCAUCGAUUGAAUGAAAUCAUUAAAUCAAAAUAGAACCUCUUAUUUAUUUAUUCAAAAGGCGGCAUAUACACUAAAAUAUUCGUAGAUAAACCAUAUUUAUAAAAAGUGUAUAAAACGUUGUUCUUUUUGAUAAGGCGUACGUACUUCUUUAAGUGUUCUGUUGAAGCCAGCGAAUGGCCUGAUCUCGAGACAAUAAUUUACUUCUUAAUUCUCAUUCUGACAUCUGUUAUUUUCUCGCUCAGGUCUAUAUUCAGACCCAUCUCCUCAUGUGUACAUUUUAUUUAAGACGAGAGUUACAACAUGUAUUUAUAAGCAUGCGGUUCGGAGGUGAUACUCUUUAGAGAAGUGGAGCUUAAUUAAGCAAAGACUUUUGUGAGCGACGCAUGUCAGUAAAUCGGAAGUGAGGUUCCACCCUUUAAUAUGCCUUGACACUACCAAAUUUUUAUUAAUAAGUGUUAUAACUCUCAUAGAGACGUUGUGCCUUAAAACUUAGAGAAAAUCACUUCCCAAUUAUUGCAAAGGGUCCUCUACCGGUUGACAUGCAUCGUUAAAAAAGUCGUUGCUUAAUAAGCUCCCUAGCGGGGGUUCAAAACGUAGUACGCGACUGUACUUACUAAUAAAACUGACUGGGUUUUAAGCAGUAAGGAGCAGUCAGAUGUAUUUUUAGGGUUAACGUUCUGUCUUCUGGGAAGAUACUUAUAUAGUUAAAUCAGAAUCCAAAUAGGUAUUGAAAUAUUUAAUAUUAUUAUUUUAAUUACAGAUUUAGGUAGUCUUAUUUUAUUGGGGGUGUAUAAAACAAUAUGAAAAUAAACUUGUGUUGAUGUUUUCUAAUAUUGUUUGUGAACGAGUUUUUACAUGAAGUUUUUUUUAGGGUCAAACCUUUUUGUUCCCUCUUAGCUUGUUCACAGACCCUCUAUUUUCUCUUCAAAGUCCGUCGAACGUGGGUGAUAAAAUAUAAACCGCAGGGGCCGAUGUUUUUGAAAAGAACGAAAAGAAAAAUAAAACAACGUCUGAUUACAGGCUAGUUCCCCCUAGCCUGCUAGCUAGAGACACUUAUGAUUAAGACGAACACAUCCAAAUCCAAGACAUAUGAACUUUCAGAGCAAAACAGCGAAGAGAAGAGCGACUUGAAUUUCCCACCUGAUUUAGACAGUCAAGCCCUCCUUCCUCAGGAAUUUAAUGAAGAAACUGAAAGUCGUCACCACGACUUUUCCGUUUUUACAAGGACUUUAAGUUUACGAAUCACUUCAAAUGACUUUCCAUUUUUUCAUCAAUGAAAUCUCCCGAAGGAGGACGGCCUAUCUUUCGCCUUAACUCUUAUCAUAAAGGUUGAAAAAUAUUCGCGGACAAGGAUUGUAUCGCUUGCCCGAAAAAUACGGCUGCAUUGUAGACUAUAGUUCUACCCCUCGGUCAAUUCUAGGUGUUUGCGAAAUACAUAAAAGGGAGCUUAAGGAACGACGACGGCGACGUCAACGAGAACGGCAAAAAAGCGAUAGGCUUAGAUUGGCAAAACAACAACUUUGCACGUGCAUCACGCUUUUUUGUGCAUUUCUGCACGACUACCACGUGAAAAUGCCUAUUUUCACGUUUUGUGGAGGACUUGAUUGCAAGAACAUGACUUUCUUUUCUUUUUCUGGACUUCGAUAUCAACUCCAGAAAAUAUUGCUAACGGUAUUUGACAAAUUGAAGGAGAUGGAAAACCGCGAUAAAGUUUUAAGCAGUGCGACUUCACUUUUGGAGUGACGUUUUCGAAGUUGUCGCCGUCGUUGUUGCUUAAGGUGAUGUUACACGAGACGAUUCGCAAUGAUGAUUUUUAGCGCAACACAGCGUUGCAACAUUGUUGCGACAUUGUUUCGAAUAGUUAUCACAUUGUUCCAACAUUGCAACGCUGUGUUUCUGUGAAAAUCGUCGUUGCGAAUCGUCCCGUGUAACCCUUGAAAACUGAAGAAAUGGGCCGCUAGCGCGUGCUUGCCCUGAGAGGUUUCUCUCUCACUUUUUGCAUUCACACGUGAUCUCAUUGCAUUCAACACGGUUCUAUCAAGUAAACUGGAUACCGCCCUACAGUUACAUCACAGUCGAACGUCCAUGUGCAACCACCUGCCGCUUUUAAAACUUUAAAAGUGGUGGGAAACAAGUCGUGGUCACUUAAAAGCGACCUCGAACAUAUUUCGUAGUGACCCUGUUUUAGCGGGGUUUUCCACCGUUUUUAACCUCUUUUAAGUGAGCACUUGACGAAUGGUUUGAUCUCCUUCGAUUGAAUGUGUUCACUUCAGUUCAAUAAAGUGUGAAAACUAUUUAUUUCGUUAAAAAUUGCUGGAAACAAAUGCCCUCGGAGGGCUGAAAAUGCUAUUUUAGAGACCCCAUAUUUCAAAAUCCUCCCGGGGAGCAGGCCCCCGGACCCCUGACUAGGGCGCUCGUGAUUGGACCCCCCAAUAAAUCUACCUUUGCUAUGGUACUCUGUUCGCUGUAUGAACUACACCUUUCAAAGUAUGUUCGCAACUUUUCGCACAACAUGGGACUCAACAUAUCAGGUAACAAAGAAAUUGCAUGCAAUUAUUAGCACUUUUUUAUUGCAGAUGAUCCCCAGAAUGGACCUCAACACUAGCCCAUAACGGUUCCUGACCUCAAAUGAUCCUCGAUCGCUGUCGACUGCAAACUCAAGUUACUGGAUCAAGUUUAUUUUCACACCAAAAAUUAUUUUAACUGAUUACAAUUUGCUUCAAAAAUAAAUGCCACGAGGUUGGUUUGUUCCUCUUUAGGAUAUUUCUUUAGUAAUUCUUAGUUUGUAACUAUAUAUGUGACAGGGGGGGACAAGGCGGCCAUGUUGGGGGUCAAUCAGCAAUAGAAAUUUUUCUCGAAAAAUUUACACGAAAAUAGAGUUUUUAAAAUUCCCAGUGGUGAGAAAUGCUUUUGUUCUUGACCAUCAACAUGGCCGGGGUGACGUCACGUGUAAACCACCAUAUCUCUUUACUUCCUAAUUCCUUAAAAAACAAGCUUAAUUUCCUGUUCUUGACUGAGCAGGGCCGAUAUUGUCGUUAUAUUCAUUUUACUGUUUUACGCCGUGUUCAAGUUCUCAGUACCUUUUCAGUUCUUUCAGGAGUUCUCUUGCGGUCGAUAGAGGGGACCAUUUGUCGUUGAGGAUCAUUUACUGUCCAUUUUCGGGAUCAUUUGCCGUCCGGGACCAUUUUCGGCACUGUACGCCGCAAAGCUAAAAGCUACGAGUGAGUUGUGUGACCAAAGGUGAUUGUAUGACUACACGAUAGACCAAUCAAAAUGCAGCUAUUGACACACCCCUCUCACACCCUUUUUAAAUGCUAACUACUAUUAUCACACUAACUCACUAAACUAAGCCGCAAUUUCUGAAAGGUUAUCAAUAGGCUCUUUUGUUUUUCAGUUGAUUAUUUAGCGUCAAAAUAUUACGUGUACAGAUGAGUUCAUAUAUCUACAGCAAAGUGAGCUGAUUGUACGCGUUUCUUGAUGGAGGCAAUUUAUCGGUGAAUGCCCAAUGCUAAACACUCAAGCAAGGUGAGCCUGUUAUUCUGAUUUCAUUUGUUAUUUCCAUGAUAACUGACUACAGCCGUAGAUGCAGUAGUUACACACAUAAUUUAUUGAGAAGGACGACAUCAGACAGUAGAUACAGAAUAUAUUUCUGAUAUCGCGCAUGUUAUGCGUCUUCCAAGCUGUAUUCCUGAGAACUGGGAAGCAGCAGCCGUUCCUUUAAACGCUUUUGUAUUUUUAUUAGCUUAUACAAACCAGUUUGCAGAGUUGACAAACGACAAUUAGACAUAGUGUGUGCUUUAUAUUCUGUUCUAAGUGUAUUGUGAAGUGAAUAGACGCUACAGUGUUUAGGCAGUCAGCCGUAUAAGUGGAUCCACCGAGGUUGCUGCACGAAUCUGUAAUGACAAAUGGCAAUCAUGCUGUUUGUGACUGUGUAUCCACAUAUCCGCGUGAUCAUCUAAUUUUGGUGCUGCUUCACGGAGUAGCAUGAAAAUAUCGAGGAGUUGUAGAGUAUAACUAACGGGCGACGUAUGAAGCGUGAAACCUCUGUCGACUCUCUGACAUUCGACUUCCUUAUUAAGCUUUAAUAUACAAGUUAGUUUAGAACUUCCAGUAAAUAAACCCUUAAUGCAAAUUAAUAGUUGUAUAUGAACUAAACUCGGUAUGUUUCAAAACUGAGUUCAGACAUAUUAUUGAUUCUUUACCGUAUAAAACAUUUUAUACAGGUAAAUUUUAUUCAAUUAUGUUAUAACAUCUACGAUCGACCAAACUGAAACGAAUAAUUAACAGAAAUAUAAUUAAUUAUUGCAACUUGCCUUCAGGCGGUCCCUCCACAAAAGAAUGCCUGACCACAGGUUAACGGAAAUAUGGCAUUUUUCAACUACUCUCUUAAUGUAGGAAACAAUUGGUCUGAUUCAUAACAUAACUUGUCCAAUGAGGUCCACUUUGCACCGUUUAAUUAUUGAUCGUUUUCACAAUGAGCCCUUCUCUCGCCGUUCAACAUAUUCAAAACAAAUGCACUCGUUAAGAAUUUAGCUGUGUGUAACUCAGAUGUAACUUUUUUAGUCGCUUUUAUGGGUGAACGUUUGGGUUGUAAGUUCAACCUCCACGGUGAUCCCCCUCACUAUCAAUGAGACAAAAACAUGUCCUGUACAGACAGCAUUGUCAGGUACUUCUUUUUCGCGUGGUAUUUCGACGAUGACACUCUAACUUGUAUUAUAACGGCCGACAGAUUGCCCGCAACUGGAAGAACUUAUGGCAACUUACCAUAAGUAGUUUUAUAUACUUUACAUCAAUUAAGUACAAAGUUAACAAAUAACCAAGUACAGCAACAGAAUGUGUUUUCAGCUUUGUUUCGGGUGUAUUUAUGCACAAAAACAUUUUGAAUGGUUGCUUGCAAAAUAUAUUUUUUUGUGUUAGUGGGGCAGGAACCCCUAUGAACAUUUGCGUGAGAGGCUGUUAUACGCUUUACUGUAGAAAUAUAUUUCACUCACAAAACUUGAAACGCUAGAAUUUUAAAUUUUUCUCGCAAAAUCCGAAUGUUGCAAAUUGGCAGCAAUCUUGUAGAAAUAUUAAGUAAAGUAGCUUAGCAACGGUUUGGUUGGUUACUAGGCUUGUCCACGUAAAGUCCGAGUUUACGAGCGCGUUCCAUUGGGGUAAUCCGAAACAUGGUUUAUACUUCAAGAUCACUAGAAUCAAGAUGCAUCAAAGGAACCGACGAAUCCUUGUUCAGAUGGAAUUUAGCGGUUCCUCUGAUGUAACAUGAUCGAUCAGAGUGAUCUUAGAUCAUUCUAUCCUGAUCCGACCAUACAAAGCUGAUUCAAUAAAUGUUGCUUUGGGCAUUGGGAAUUGCGCAUUAGGAAGCUAUUGUUUGGUGGUCACUAAAGUAUUCAUUGCAUUUUCCAUAUGCCCAAAUGCCCAAUGCCUAAUUACCGAAGCAACCUUUCUUGAUUUAGCUGUACACACACUACUUAGUCUGUACUCCACGGGGUACGUCAGGAGAUCAAUUCUGUGCUGAAGUCAUUACUAGGUGCUUAACCAUACACAACUGAAAUGCACCGUUAGAGAUAUGUCAUAUGAAAAUUAUAUCAAUCAAAUUUCGUAAGAGAGUUCUGGCCAUAAAAAAUACUUCGGUGAUUUUCGAGGCAUAGCAUUAAACCUUGAAAAAGUUGGUCAAACUCCAUGUCCAUCCUUGCCAUUCUUUGCAAUCGACGACAGGAAAAAGUUUCCUUAAAUAACUGCACUGGACCAUUAGAUUUGGAGUUCAGUUGAUGGGAAAACGUUUUAGCUUUUUAAAAAGUUAGCCGCGAAUAUCGUGACAUAGCCCCUUAAAAACUCGACGGACUCAAAAGUGGACAUAGCUUUAGCAGGGGAACCCAACGGCAAUUUUCGGGAAAAUAUCUGUUCGGAAGACGAUUUGAGAACUAGAAUUUUCGGAACACUUGUUGUAAAAUUUCUUGCUUGCCUGCCUCUCCUAGGAUUUUCGAACAUCUACAAAAUGGUGUAAUUACCCAUUUGAAACGGAUAUUUACCCUAAAAAAGGCCACCUAGAAUUCUCGGGAGCCUUUUCCUGGCUGAAAUUUUCGAAAAGGUAAGUUUUGAGCCCUAUAAUUUUCGGAUCACUAGACUUUCAGCUAGGAAAUCCGAACAGAUGAAAAGUUUUUAGGGGAUAAAAAUAUGGCUAUAUCUACCGUUUGAAUACUAAAAUACGUUCAACAAUGCUAUGUUAAGUGGUUUUGAACUAUAUCCUCGUUGGGUGCCCCUGCUUUAGAUUGCGACUAAUCAGUUCUUUGUGUAAUUUUAUUACUGUUUGCAGGAGGACCUACAGAACGCGCACAACAUUCAUGAAAGGCAUGGAAUUUUAAAGCGAACAAAAAGAGGCAAUGAAUCCAAAGGAAGCAAAGAUUUUCUCUCUGGAGGAAGUGUCAUUUCAUGCUGACCAAAACUCAUGCUGGAUCGUAAUAAAAGAUGGAGUUUACGAUAUGACUGACUUUGUUGAGAAGGUAUGAAAUGUUAAACUGGUCUUCGAGUAGCCGCUUCAUCCUACAGAAAAGCUAAUGUUUAGUUAAUAUACAAAAGACGAUCAAUAAUCGCAACUACGAAGCAAACUCAGUUCCUGUGACUGUAACAGAACAUUUGAGGUUUGAAUUUAAAGUUCCCAGCCUCGUCCCCAGGGAUCGAGAAUAGUCCCAGGUAUUCUCUUAACUGCAUGAUAUUCCCUGUAUAUUCCGUAUAAUGAAAUAGCUGAAAUCGCAGCCAACCCACUCUAAGCUUACAUUUUUAAAGCAAGCUCAAACGGUCCGUCUUUGACAGGUGCCCCCUCCCCCAUCCCCCAGAGUGUCAAAGAAAAAGACUGAUGGAACACUGAGACUGUCCUCUUGUUAAUGAUAGCACUUUUCACAUCUUUCAAAAUAAGUAGCUUUAGGAGACAUUUUCUUCAUAUCUUUUUUAGCAUCCUGGUGGAAAAGAAAUCAUGCUAGAACACGCAGGUGAGUCACCCGGGGUGAGUCAGCCAUUAAGAGCGGUGUAGUGUAAUCCAAUUCAUACCCGGCAAAUGAAAGAACGUCAUACGAUGGUUCGGAUAACGCCAGGGUGCAUUGAAGACUUGGUCAGUUCGAGGACACUGACUCACGGACAGAUAACUUUUCGUGCUAUUUUAUAAAUGAAUGAUCUUCAGGUUAAAAUGGGCCAUUUGCACGAUGACGUCUUUUUACUACUAAGACCAGAAUUCAUUUCGUUUUUCCUUUCAUAUUUAAAUUUGGUAGUCCCAGUGAGGUUUUAUUAACAAAAGCCUUAAUUUGCACAAGAAAGCAAUACCCUGAAGGAUUCCGGUCGUAGUAGUAAAAUGACGCCAUCGUGCAAAUGGCCUAUUUCAUGCAAUAAAACUCAACUUUAAUGAAACAGCGACUUCUUGUCACGUCAUUCUUUUCAUAGGUUUUAGCUCAUUCUCUCUCGGUUUUAUAAAAUACAAAUAAGAAAGAUUCUGGACAUUCUUUGUUAGACACAAACUAAUCCUUUCACCCUAAGAGGGUAGCUUAGCUUUUGGGUCAAAUAGUCCUGGAAGGGUAACAAAGAAGGUCAAAUAUAAAUAAAUAUGAUUUUGCAUUUUAUAAAGGCGAAACUAAUUUUUUCAAGUUGCAAUCCAUUUCUUUUCUUCUCCUACCCUUAAUUCUGGGACUGAUUGAAGCCAAUUGUUAACUUCCACUGCCUCACGAAAGACAUACGUCUUUUAACCCUCUCUCAAGGUUUGGAUGCGACAACGGUAUUCCAAGACAUUGGUCACUCAGCAGAAGCCUUAAAGAUUCUCGCAAAAUACUAUAUUGGUGAGCUGAGAGAGGUGAGGAUACAUGCAAACACUACCUACAUUAUAUAAUUAGGCUAUGCAGGGGCCGAUCCAGGAUUUCUUUUAGGAUGGGGUGCACUCGUCUCUUGCUCUACUUCAACUUCUUCUUUGCAGAAAACCAGUUGUAUUAGGAAACCGCAGGUCAUCUCGGGGGGGGGGUGCGCACCUCCUGCACCCUCCCCCUAGAUCCGCCCCUGCUAUGUUACCCAUACCGGAUGGCUUUUUCGCCGGUACGAAAACAGUACCGGAUAGGGAUUCUGUUCACACACAAGAACAGUGAUUUCAGUGCAAUUUCUUUAACGGAGCGAGUCGAUCUCUAAUAAAAAAGGAGAAGCACAGGUGUUCACACCAUACCGAAUAGCUUUUCGUUUCGGCACGAAAAGCCCGGGGGGCACUUUAGGAAUUUCUGAGUGGGGAUGUGCCGCUGGGACCCUGGAACCCUGGAACCCCUAACCUAUACCAGAGCUAGUUCAGCUGAAUUUUGCUACCCUAUACUAGAGUAAACUCCCAAAAUCCCCCUAUGGCCUAGAGUAGCUGUUUCCCCAGUCUAGAUAAAAUCUUCAACCAACUGAUCAGUUUCCUGAAAAAUGAUACCCUAUUCUAGACCCAAACGCUCUGAUUUAUAUACCCUAUCCUAGAGUAAACUGCUUGAAAACCAUACCCUUCACAGCGGCACAUACCCAUAUAGCUCAUAUAUGACAGUACCCCCCCCCACGAAAAGCUAUUCGGUAUAGUAUCAGUGCCACCCAACGACUGUUUUCUGUAAAAUAUCUGUUUGGAGAAGCAAAUAUUGCCUAUAAUUUUCUUUUUCUUGAGGACGGCUAAAAAUUUGUAGAUGAACGUUCCAUUCAUGUACAAUUUUCGAAGCUUAUAUAAGAAAUUUCCUACAAUUUUCUGAGGUUUAAUUUUUCAUAUUUUACAACUCAGCAUACACUAUUUUUCUUAGAAAAAGGAAACUUAAAAUUUUCGGAUUCUAAAAUGUGAUGGAGAGAGGAAUCAAAAAAAUUCUCACUUUAGUAAAACGUUAAAUUGCACCUAAAAUUCAGUUCGGAAAAAUAUUAUGAAGCCCUGGUAAUUUCGAAAAGACUUUUAAGUCUUUUCGAAGUUAAAAAAUUUGGUAGCGUCGCUUAGAAUGCAUUUCUAGAGAUCCAAAAGUACUCUGGAUAGCCUAAAAGUGUUUUCAACGCAUUUUGGAGGAAACCGAAGCUGGGUGCCCCUGUAGUAUAAACUUAGCGUUAGUAUAUAGGGUAAAAGAAAGUCACUUUCCUAAAACAAUCAUUCAAAGAGAAAGCUAGCUGGCUAGAACGAACGGCCAAGCAUAACCUCCAACUACGCAACCCUUUUAGUUUUUGAACACCAGUCAGACUUAAUUCACACUCAUAAGAAAUUGCAUAGAAUGUUUUAACGCGCGCAAGCUCAUUGUUUGGGUGACAAAACGUCGUGUCUUUUUUUCGCCAACUCUGGUACUAUUAACGCACUACAAAAUGUUUUAUACUAAAGUUAACUUUGACUCUUUAUUGUAGGAAGAAAGAAUCUAUGGCAGCAGGCCUAAGCAUUGACAAACAAAGGUAUAAAUAAUACUCACACUCUGGUUACCGUACAUCCCCCGUUAAACACCCCCCCCCCCCCUCUCUCUAAUAAGCCCUCCCCCUUUUUCAGGGGGAAAAAGUUCAAGCCCCACUUCUCUUUUCACGUGGUAGUUUGUACAAUGACAUCAAUGAAAUUUACCAGAAAACUUGACAUACACGUGCAUCAUUGCUGCUGUUACCACCUUUGUGGUUGCAUAUGCUUAUUUCCUGGUAGCAGUUUUCGCUUAGGAUGAGAGUGAAUAUAUAAAGUUAAAUUUUCAUAUAUUUCAACUGCGGUAGAAAGAUUUAACAAUUGAGAGAGCAUCGCAGUUUUGUACGCAACUUAGUUAACAUUUGCACAGUUAUUUCAGUGCAAUUUCUUUAACGGAGCGAGUCGAUCUCUAAUAUAAAAGGAGAAGCACAGGUGUUCACACCAUACCGAACAGCUUUUCGUUUCGGCACGAAAAGCGACGAAAAGCUAUUCGGUGUGGUAUCAGGGGCACCCAACGACUGUUUUCUGUAUAAUAUCUGUUCGGAGAAGCAAAUAUUGCCUAGAAUUUUCUUUUUCUUGAGGACGGCUAUAAAUUUCUAGAUGAACGUUCCAUUCAUGUACAAUUUUCGAAGCUUAUGUAAUAAAUUUCCUACAAUUUUCUGAGGUUUAAUUUUCAUAUUUUCAUAUACAAUCAUUCAAAGAGAAAGCUAGCUGGCUAGAACGAGCGGAGUAAAUCCCCCGUUAAACACCCCACCCCCCCCCCUCUCUCUAAUAAGCCCUCCCCCUUUUUCAGGGGGAAAAAGUUCAAGCCCCUCCUCUCUUUUCACGUGGUAGUUUGUGCAAUGACAUUAAUGAAAUUUACCAGAGAACUUGACAUGCACGUGCAUCAUUGCUGCUGUUACCACCUUUGUGGUUGCAUAUGCUUAUUUCCUGGUAACAGUUUUCGCUUAGGAUGAAAGUGAAUAUAUAAAGUUAAAUUUUCAUAUAUUUAAAGUGCGGUAGAAAGAUUUAACAAUUGAGAGAGCAUGACAGUUUUGUACGCAACUUAGUAAACAUUUGCAAAAAUGUCACUUACCCUUUGACGCCUUUUACGCAUUUAAAACUCCUUCAAAUGUUGCCUGCUCACAGAAUUACUACAGAAAACAGUGUUAUUGUUAGAUUUCAUGUAACAUGAAAGUAGUUAGCAAGGAAAUCGUCGAUUCAGGUCUUAGUUGUGUUUGUAUCAGGGCGAGCGAAGACUGUCAAGGAGACGACCAUUAAUUCGGCUUUUGAAGGGGGGUAUGCGUAAUUUGGUUUGGGUAAGAAUUUUUUCCCAAACCUUUAGUGAAAGAAUUUUUUCCUUGACAUACAUCGGUGUAAGAUUUUUAUUUCCAGGUUUGUACUCCACGAAAGAUUUUUUUUUCGGUGUGCAGGAUAUAUAUUUUUUUAAAUCACCCAUAACCCCCCCCCCCCCCAAAAAAAGUCCAAUUGUCUUUUCCUAAUGCGAGGACGCGAAAAGAAACGGGAGAGCACAAGUUUUUUUUUUUCUUUUCUUUCUAGGCCGGGUGCAGUUUAGCCUCCCAAAUAGGCGUUUUUUGUUCAAAGCUGGGUUAAGAUAACAUAGAGUUAAUGUGAAAUUGGAAUUCAGAUAUCGAAGGUUAAAAGCAAAUUCAGCUGAAUUCUUUUUGUGUGCUAUUUGAUGGUUGGAUGCCUUGAAAAGAAUAGAAAAAUUAUCCGAGGAAAAGCUUUUGAACAAAAGAAGAAGAAGCCCGGAUUAAAAUUUAUUCCCCGACUGAGCGCUAAGUCAGUCUUCGAAGAACUGUACCCUGGUUAGCACGUUUUUUGUCUCUCUUUAGGAUCCAUUCGAAAACUCUUUAAGUUGGUACGGGUGGCAGUCACGAAUUUCACAGCCCCUCCAAAUAUCACAAUAGAAGCGAGGCAGAAGAGAGAGGACUAGGACAUAAACAGCACAUGAUGAGCACUCGAAGCUGGCGAGGAGUCAUUCGUAUUAACAUUUAUCUAUUAACAUCCGUUAAAUAAGAAUUAAGAUAAGAACUGUUGCGAAGAUAAGCCGAACACUCGAACUCCGCAUGCAAAAACCGUAUUUUUAUUCUACAAAAGAUAAACUUCCACAUUUCGAAUAGAUCCAGAUCCAAAUCAACUGUGUGAAGUCCAAUUUACAAUGAAGUUCAAUUAGGUGCAAAUGAAUUAUAUACCGUAUAUCCCACGCACGAGUUGAGGUUUUCUAAAACCAAAAUAUGAGCUUACAAUAAGUUCAAUGUUUAAAAGUUCGAAAGUAAACGUCCGAAAUACAAGAAAACUUACCGACUGUUUUAAGUUCUACAAGCAGAUGCUUCCAAAAGGACAAACUUACAAGGAAUCAGGUUUCAAAAACGUGUGGUUACAAAGCAGACACGGAAUACGUGCGCAGUGGUAGCAACAGGAAGGAAGUUCAAUUCGUUUACUUCGAAUAGAAGGACUUUCCACUGAUAGAUAAUACAGUCAAUUCUCUCUAAGAGGGCCGGCCCUGACUGUCUGUCUUAGUGAGGCGUCGAGGUAACGUGACAACAGUAAUUGUGAGAAAUCAUCACAACCCAAGAACCCAUUCGCAAUGAAACGACGUCGGUUUAACUUCUCCUAACAGCUAAAACUGGGAUAUUGUAGCAGAAACUGUCAUGCAGAGCACCUACAUUUCCGUUUUGAGGUAUUUUUCACUGGACAUAAAUCACCUCUCAAAUGUCUGUUAACGGUUUCAAAAGUGUCUGUCGUCCGUCUCAAAGAAGUUUCCGUCUUAUAGAGAGUAUAGUUACAGUAAAAUGACUGAAAAACGGCAGGGACCAACACCAGGUGUCCAUCUUAGAGUGGGAGGUCCGUAGAGAGAGAGUUGACUGUAAAAAUACUGAAAGGAAUUAGAAAGUAUAAAAAAAUUAUUCAAAACAAUGCAAUACUAAAAUACUUAACAUCAUCGUCAUGCUAUUUUCUCCUGCAAAAAUGAGCAAAUAUCUGGAGUCAAGGUUUACCUUUAGAAAAAUAAACACGGGGCUGACGUCUCUAAGAAACUUUGUUUUGAAUAUUCAGGAAUCUUGGGACAAGCUGUCCAACGGCCUUUUGUUCUGAGGUAUUUAAAACUGAAAAGAGUGAUAAUAUUCUAGCACUACUUGAGCAACGUAUGCGGCACAGUCGCUUUAAUGAAGUGAAGCUCAAAUACUAAUAAAUUUAAAGCCGACAGAGUAAAAAUUAGACAUUCCACGGCUGAGUCAACGACGAAGGAGCUGAUAAAAAUUUCAUAUAGCUUGGAAUAAAAUGCAGCAGGGCCACUGAGUGCAGUGAUUUCUUUGAUCUCAAAAAGCAAGAUAGUUUCAAAAGUCAAAAAACCAAUUUGAGGGCAAAAACUGUUUCGCACAUUUAGGGUGAAUGCAAAAACAAAAAACGAAAACGCGUGAUAGGUUGGCUUGAAAUCUUAACGUCCUGCCCUGCAGCCAACAACAACUUUCUUUACACCGGAUAUCAUCAGCCAAAACCCCCACAUCGACAUGGCAAACAGAUUUGAAAGACUGUUGUCCACAAGCUGACCAUCCCAACGUCGGUGUCAAAUAGUGAGUUGAUCCUUUGCAUUCAAUGGGCAACCUCGUCUGCUGGCAACAAAGUGCAAUAAGUUGCAGAUCUGAUCAACAUCAAGUCCAGUACCACAACGCAGCAGCAGUUAAACUUUACAAACCUCAAGAAAGUCUCUUUAUGAUUGUAUGCUACAUAAAUCCGGCCCGUCGUGGUCAUUGAAAGUUCCUGACCGUUUGGCGGUGAGACGCAGAUUCCUUCGAGUAACCUCUUCCUUCCUCUGAGGGCAGCUCAAGGCCAGUAUUGACAAGCAACAGACAAUUUGAAAAAAUCGUAAUUUCCUCCCUUUAUGGCUAGCUAUUGUAACUGAACCUGACUAUCAGAAGCCUUCCCUCAUUGGCCUCUUCCUGUCUUCAAUUGUGCUUGUAGCAAAUGCGGUACUUCGGUUACACAAAAUUAUGAUCACUAAUAAGCUUCGUGUCUUAAAAAUUAAACAACUGUUGGGUCUUUCCUAGUUAAGUAGUUCUUCAGUGUGUAAACAAAUCUAAUUUUCAAUAAGUACGUAUUCCAAUGUCGUAGCCGUUUUUGUUUUGUUUGGAUAUUUAAAUCGUUUGCAACAAAUGCUCCAUAAAAUACUUGACUGCCGUUGAAAGCCCUUUAUUUGAACUGUUUCUUCCUCGAUGGCUUUUUCGUUUUCUCCGGGCAUUCGUGGGGUGUUUCUUUCCACACUGUUCCUUCCUCAGUGUAGUAAGGCCCCAAGUUCCAAAUAAACUGCUCAUGAUUCCGCUUUUCUCUGCAUAUCUGUUUGCCGUCUCGAGUGCACUUAUAACACACGUACUGAAGAGUAUCACCCAUCCAAGAAUGAGCGAAGGGACAGCGGCUUGUAAUGUUGAUGUCCCAGCCUUCGCUUGUAUGAGUAUCGCAUUCCCUUGACUUUUCAGCGGAAAGUACCCCUGCACCAUGAUGAAGCUUCCCUGUUUUUUUGUCAACACAUGUGGCUUGGAAGGUGCGCUUAUCCAAACCACGAGUGCCCUCGACGGACUUCCAUUUUCGAUGUUUAACACACAUUAAAUUCCAGGGACCACUUUGCUGACUGGUGAGGGGGGGUUUUGACGUCUGCUCUUCUGGUGGAGUGCUCUUAAGUUGCAGGGCAGACGAGUACGAGGCAUGACUUGAUGUAGUUGGCUCAUUAACGCUAUCAACACUUUCCCAGGAUAACUUCGCACUUUGGACAUGGGUAUUGAAGCACUUGGACGAAAGAGAGAAGUUUUUUGCUUUCUUUGGAGCGUUCAUCUUUAAUUCAAAUAGUUUCCUUUCUCCACUUUCGCUGGCACUGGAACACAAGAUGGUGUAUGUAUCAUUGUCGACUGGGUCAUAUGCAUAAGGGCCAGAGACAGAAAAUCCAACAUAAAACCACAAGUCAUCUUUGCUCUGCUUUGGAUAGCGUUUUUCGUCAAAGCGUAGCUGAAUUCCUUUGUAUGUUAUAACACCAUUAGAAUUGACGUCCUUUUGACCACGUACUCGUUCCAGCUUCUCUGACACCUCCUUACUUCUCCAAAAGUCAGUCUUAGUUUCCCCUUUGGUAUCCAGCGCUGGGAACUGUAGGCUGUUUGCAAUGGCGUACAGACCAGUUCCCUUCCCAAGGAAAUAGUCAGCACUAGAUUUGCGAAAUCCUUUUCCCGUUUUUUCCAGAACAAUCUGAUUACAUUUCUUGAUCGAUUCGUUAGCUUCAUGAUUGAAGGUGGCUAGGCAUUUAUCGGGAACUGGAAAAUGAAUCAUGUAGUUGUAUAGAUUGGCCCACGCUGAUGUCGGACACUUUGAAACCCAAAUGCUCACAAUUUUGUCGAGUUCCAUUACUGAUGGCCUCUCUUUUAAACGAAGGCACGCUUUGCAGCAGAUUAACAUGUCGUCAUGGCUUCCCUUUCCAUUCGAGCAAAGUACCUUAAGCGCGUUGUAAAUCAGGGAAGCUCGUUCGUCAUUUAUGUUCACCCAAGUACUGUAUGGAGUUUCACUGUUCUUAAACAAGAUAUCUUGGGCAAACUGUUGGUAAAAAGCUAUCUCAUCCCUUGUUAGCGAUUGGGAAGGCAUCGGAACUUCCACAUCAUUGAUUUCACUUCUGUCAAAACCGGUUAGUUCAUAAAAAGUUCGUCGUAGUUUUGACGCCCUUAUUCUAGCGUCAUUUAAAACUCUGAUGGCGUUCUCGUCGUAGGUGGUCAUGUGCCUGAACUUAACAUCUCCAAAGACUUUGUUGAGAAGACCAAGUGUUGUGGUACUUAGUGUCUUAAUGUAGUUGUUUUGUUUCUUAGUGAGUACGUCUUCCAUUUCUUUCGGAAUUUCACCUUUCUUCAGAUACUGUGUAAUGCUCUCAAUAUCUGAUCGAAAGAAAGGCAAUCCUUUGACAACUUCAAAAAGUGAAACGAUGGCUUGAAUUUUUCCAAUCAUCGAGUAGUAAUCAAGUUGAUGUGUUGUGCUUAGUGCUAUGUCAUAGACUUCUAAUGCUUUGCGGCAGAUGUCGAUCACUUUAGGCACUGAGGCAAGAACGGAAGGUCGCUCUGCAUUUGGUUUGAAAUCUCUUAGCUGCAGAAGGUACAGAGUUCCUUUGGUACCAUAGUGAUGACUUCUCUUGGGUUGCUGCUUUAUGGCAAUAUCAACUGCCAUAUGUGCUGCUUCAAUACCCGUUUUAGGCAUGGGUAACUUGGGGUCCUGUUCUUUAUUCAUGGCUGCUUGAAGACGGUUAUGUUGCUCGUUCUUGUCAUCCAUUUCAUUUCCACGCAUUUCGUAUCCCAUGAAUCGUGCAAGCUGCUGCCAAGCGUAAGCCUUAUUCUCAUGUUCAAAGGCCAUUUCACAGAUUGUGGUGAAUAAUCGGAGGGCUCUUUGAAUACCAUCAUCUGCUUUCAGGAUAUCCAAUACCAAAGGAGAAUACCUUGUUUUAACUUCGUAAAACCCAAGUACCUCGUCCUCAAAGUCAGAUUCAAUGCUUCCAUCAUCUGUUCCUUUAUCCUCGAGAAAAACUGCGUCGGAAAUUUUCUUACGUGCCAAGAACACCUUAAAAACUUCAUCCUUCAAAUACUUGUUUACAUAGGCUUUUCCUUUGUUAGUUGCGUCUAGUAAAGCGAUAGCUGUGUCUUCGAUGUUGAGUUUUGAUGUAACGGCUUCACUGACGAGAGAGUGUGCCGGCCUCCAUCCAAAGUAACCAUUUUUUUCAUUAAAUCCUUCAAGGAGAAGUCCUCCAAAAAUGUCAUGAAUGCGCUGCAUUAAGGCGAAAUCUUGUUCAGACUCAUUGCUGGCUUCAUAGAGAAAAUCACUGACAACUGGGUGGGGAAGAAUUGCUCGGCUAUCACUGUAAUAAUGAAGAAAGCAACAGAAAUUUAGGACCAUUUCAUGACUGUCUUUAGAAUCGUCCAACAACUCAAGUGUGCUCCUGAUGUGAUUUUGAAGCCUCUCCUCAAUCUUGUCGUAGUUGCGUCCAAAUAACUCCAGUCCAAACCAAAUGAAUCGUUUCUCUCUUUCAAGAACCUCUUGUGCGCCCCUUCUUCGCUCGUUGUCACUUGUAAUAGUGAUCAAAAUAUUCUUCACGCGACUCAUCUCUUUCUCGUCCAGUUGUCGCAAGGACAAGUCGUGAUCGGAGUCGGCGCUAGACUUUGCGAUUGGACAAGUAGAAAGAAUGACGCACUUAGUCUGCCUUUUCAAGAUCUUCUCCGUUAAGCGUCUUGUCUCGUUUUCGGGGAAGUUAUCGACCAGGACUAUACAGGGAGGGGAAAAUUUAAAGUUUUCUUCGUCAUACAUGAUCCCCUGAAGUUGUUCGAUUUGAAAAUCAGUACUGGGUGUAAUUGCCUUGACUACUGCGCAGCGGUAUUCCUCGCGCUUGCUCCACAAGAUUCUUCUGCACAUAGUAGUUGCCCCAGACCCCGGUUCGUAGGUAACAGUGACAGUUUUGACGUGACAAGUGAGGUCCUUAAUUGGCUUAGACAACGACUUCAAUGCUUGCCCAGUUCUUAAAAGCGUCUCGUCUUCUAGUGAUCUUGGAAUACAAUGAUUGUGAAACAAAUUAGUUUGGCUAGCUUGUGCACCCUUGUAAAAGGCAUUUCUUUCUUUCUCAAUAUCUUCCAGUAAACUCGGCAGCCGGGGAUUUGGACUGUAGACUUCUAAAUCAUUCCAAGAGUUAAUAAUUUUGUUGAAAACUUCCUUGAGACCAGUAAAAUAUGGGAGUUCCGUCUUAGCUCCUCUUUCGUCAAACUUGGUUGGUCCAACCAUUUCACGGACGACUUCUUUCAACAAUUUCCACGGAAUCCCAGGGAUGGAGCAUUCUAUAAUUUCCCUCUGCAGCUUAGAAGCUUUGAUAAAGGCCUCAGACACAUGCUUGUUUUCACUCAUGAUAGUGAUGCUGUUGCUUGCAGAUUUUCCAAGGAUACUAAAACAACAUUCCAUCAUAUCGACCAUCUCCUGGACAUUGGUUUCAUCAAGAACAAGAAAGACGCAUAAAAGCCGUCCGAGGGGACAACAGCGUUUAUACGUGGAAAGAGCGCGAUAGAAACAGUCCCGGGAACAUUUUAUCCAGUCUUCUUUCAACAUUUCCUCAUUUCCCAAAAUCCAGGUCGUUUCUCGGGUUGAUAUGUGGAAGUCGUUUCCAGAUAUCCAGUCAGACAGACAUUCCCCAUAAUCUUCGAGGUUUCUCAGAUUAGCUCUCAGUGCAUCUGUUGUUUCGUUGCAAAUGUAGUACAGUCCAUCUUUUUUAGACGCAGUAUCAAACAAAUCAAAUACUGCAAGCCACGGGAUGUUUUGCAGAAAAGACAAAUCUGGCGUACCUCUGUAACGGGAGGGCAACUUGUUGGCAAUUAACACGUAACUAAAUUCCUUAAAGUUCAAUUCCCGUAGCCUCUCUCUUACCAAAGUACUUAGCCUUUUGACGUCUGCAUCAUCUGGGAUAGGAUCUGAAACACAGAACAGGUUUAUGCGUAAUAAUUCCAUGGUAGGAUCUAUUUUGAAUGAGACAGACUGUAUCAACAUUACUUAAGACUUCUGACAAUAACAAUAACAAAUAUAAAACUUGCUACCAUCGGCAUGCAGGGCGAUAGUUUACUGGUAAUGGUGUGUGUUUAAGUAGAUAUCAGGCCGGUAAACAGUACACCAAGGACACAGUUGAUCCAUGAGAAGUAGAUACUUAAUUAGUUUAUAGGUUCGCUACGAAUACCUAGAUGUGUCCUUCGUUCGGUGAAACCAGAGGAUGUCAGAGAAACAGAAAAAAAAACAACACUAUAACCUUUGUACAAAAUCACGAAGGAUGUACUUACCUUCUGUUGACAUAUCAGCGCCUGUUAUAAAGGAAAAGAAAACAACUUAGAAAGCUUUUAUUGAGUGUGAAUAAAAUAGAAAAACACUCGGUACUCGUCUACCGACAACGGCUCUUUAACUUCGUCGACGCUUCCGUUAACGGCUAGAGUCAUUAAGGUUACAAACUGCCUUGACCAGUCAGUCCUCUCAGCAGUACCAAUCAGCUUUCUAGUAAUCAUCUCGCCUAUUUGACGGGAACAUUUUUAUACCAGGAGCUUUAUCCUCCAGGAUUUGAAGAAAAGUACUUUUUUUGUCAUUUUUGUUGUUGUCUUUGUUCUAUAUUUCUGUUUGUUCUUAUGACGUCGUCCACAUCCACUUUUAAAUCAUUAGGCAGAAUUCUUUAGAGGUCGAGUUGGGCAACCUUCCUUCCCCAUUCCAUUCACGGGUUACUCUAAGAUAAUUUAGUAAUUGAUUUUAAGUCAUAUCACUUGUGGCUAGAGAAAGAAUUUGAUAACGUUAAAUCUUUAUGACACUAACCAAGUUUUGUGUCCCUCUUCCAUUCCUUGUACUUCGCCAUAAGAGGUUCUUUCACUUGCCGAUUAACCUCAUGCUGCUUCACGUUUGUUGAGGCGCCAUUGGUCCUAAUGGCUGCGUCGUCAUACUGAUCUUUGUGGACUUUGUAGAAGUCGCUAAGGGCCUUCUUCACGAAUGUGUCUUCAUCUUUGUGAACUCCUCGCUUUUCAGCCCAGGAUUUGCAAUAGUAAACGUUGUCCUUACAAAACUUCCAGUCUCGGUUCACUUCAAUUUCAAUGACAUAAAGACCUGUACGACUUUCUUGGCUUACUACUGGAACAAACUCUAUUCUGACACAAUUCUGCUCCCCUCCCUUCUGAAGUGGGCCAGCAUCACUCUUAAUGUGAUCAUCAAGAACAAAUUGGAAAGCUUUAACAACAUCAUCAAUGACAUCUUCAACAUCGAGUCCGAGAAUUUCUCCUCGUUUAAACUUGGAACAUUGCUCUUGUGAGUCUCCGACUCCGAAGUAGAUUAUUCCUUUACUAUCAGCAUUUAAACAGGCACAAAUGAACUUUUUUGCUUUCUCCAUCAUUUUCCAAGGGAGUGUUGAGGGGUGUGCACCAGUAAGAGAUUUGAAUUCUACUUCUCUGUUUUCCUCUGCAUCCAGGACAGAGCCUUUCUGAUAAGAGUGGUCUUUCCCUUUAAUGCCGAACAUCCUGGUUUUACCUGAAUAAUAGUUAAAACAAAGUCUAUCAGAAUGUGCAAAGUGCUAAUUUCAUUUACAAAGUUGCAUCUCCUGCAGGGGGCUGCAAAAUAUUUCUGCUCUUCCUAUUUUGAUUGGAAUAAAAUGACAAUUUGUAAAUACUCGUCGAACUUUCAUAAGUUAACAUGUCAAAAUAAAAUGCUGAAUAUAUAAAUUUCAUAUAAAAUAUUAAGUUGCUCACAUUUAGAAGCUAAUGCAGAAGCAUCUUUGUGACUUUCUUUCUCCUGUUCACUCUUUGCCACUAGAGUUACUUGCUUAUUAAGGGUAGUACCACAACGUUCCUCUUUGUUGUUGCCAGAAACCUCCUCUACUUUCUGUUCUUUUUCGGCCAUCGAUUUAUCUUUUCUUUCAGAUGGUUCCGUGGUGGAAGCAACCAACUCACUCGCAGUAAUCUGCACUGAAUUGUUGUUCAAGUCAGACACUGAAUUCAAUCUUGAAGUAUCGCCACAAGCUGGUUUAUCCUGUGCGUCCUCACACUUUCUUGCGUUUUCGUUUGAACAGCAGUUAAAAUCAGAUGACGACAAACCUUUUGGAACGAAUGCCAAAUAGCCCCGGUUACAACAAUUACGACUCGUAUGAACUGAGCCUAACUGAACUGGAAAUUAUUCCUGCCAAUUUGGCUUCAACAUACAUGGCGUAUACAACUCUGUAAAAAACGAGACCAUCAAUAGGACUAUUGGAUGCAUUCUCACUGAUUUCAAAAUGGCUUACAUCAAACCAGAGCGGACUGAUGGUCGAUCUCACUAUUUCCUAUGAUGAUUUUUUGGCAUCGAUUAUUUGACAGAUUUGUCUAUAAUAAGGACUCUAAAAGGUUUUACUGUAUACCUUGUUCAAGCCAUCCUCGGAGACCCAGAAGCGAUCAGUAGGGUCAGGAAAAACGGCGACGAAAGUUUUUAAGAACGGUGCCGCCGUUUUUCUCGCACCGACUGACUGCCCAUUGGUCUCCGAGGAUGUGUUCAAGCUAAAUGGUAGACCAAUAUCUUAAAAGUACUCUAUACCUACUUUUCUCAUCCAAGGAUAUAUGGCUUUCCUUCUUGCACUUUCCAUGGAUCUGAUUAGUUUGAUUAAUCCCCUUUUGGAGCUCAUUCCAGUUCGUCAUUUCGUCAUCUGCAUUUGAAAGGUGGCCACUUCCUUUCGAUGGAUCCGGAACCUUCUUGUGAUUUGCGUCUUUCUUAUCGGCUUCCAGGUCAUCACACACACUACAUGUCAACGAAUUGGGCCUAUCGUCAUCUUGGCUACCGGCUACAAUCACUUCGAUGGUUUGUUUGUAACAAUCGUCAACUGUAUCAACACUUGUACUUUGGUCCCCUUGAUCUAUUCAACAACAAAAAACGCAAUUCAAUAAAUGCCGAAACUGGACGAUAGACAUUUUUCAAAAAAUCCACUACUGGGAAGAACACCCUAAAAUCAGUAAACUUGCCAAGAUUGAAAUUGAUUUGUUGUAAUUUUACAGACGUUUGUAUGGUGUGGGGUAAGUUCGUGCUCCCACUAUACUAACGUCUGUAAAAUCUAGCGACUUUGUAGAGCUAUAUCUUCGCUCACUUUGGACCUUUAAACUUGGUUCGCCAGUUUAAUAAUUUUAAGGCGAUCUUUCCAAUAGUAUCGAUGAACAUUCGCUUACUGGUCUUCGGCAAAACUUGAAAAAACAAUGCCAAAAAAUGGUCUUUUUUACCAAAACGAAAUUGACCGGGAGAAAAAAAAUGAAAGAAAUGGGCAAUUUUGCCUCAACAUGAUUUUGAGGGCAAGUUUGCCUGUCUUAGAGUUUACCGUCUGUGAGAAUUCGCAAAUCUGGUCUCUUUUACCUUCGCCCUCAGAGCGCCAUCUGGUAACUUAUAAAUUUUUGACCAUUAGACUAUUCUAGGUUUAAAUAGAAACAGAAACAUGCCAAAACCUAAAAUAUGUGACUGAAAAGCAUUAGGUGAGAUAAUGAUGUGAUCUGAGCAACUACAGACGAUUUUUAUCCGUCGUAAAACUUGAUCAUUAAUCCAUCAAGUAACAGAAAUUAAGGUUGUUGGACACUUAGUAACACGGCUUCGGCAAUAGCCUGCCCCGCAGGCGUCGAAAAGGGUAGGGAUGGGGGGAAGGGAAACGCGAGGGAUAUUGGUAACAAAGAGUCACAACACUCUUCAGUACGCAGGCUACUUCGGCAAUGGCUGUCACAAUUAUGACUAAUCAUUUAAAAGAUGAUUUUGAAUUGGAGUUAGUCGAUUAUUUUUAUUCAGUGAUAGCAUUGCUAUACAAGCACUAAUAUGGAAAUAAACAAUGAACCCAUGUUCUCGCUUGACGAGUUCCAGUGUGUUGUUAUGAAACCAAAAAUAUGUUCUAUAAUCGGGGACUAAACUAACUAAAAUCCAAAACAAUACAAAAAAAAACAGAAGAAUGCAAAUUCAAAAGCUUUUUUACUAACCGGCAGCUCCCUCUGUCAGUUCGUGUCUCGCAUCUUGGUCGUUGUCGGUCUCUCUUUUUCUACUGGUGCUGGUAUCUCCACGGUUUUCAGCUAGAUGUCUAUGCUCAUUUACACUUGACACGAGAGUCCCUUCGCUUGCCAGCAGAUCUUCUUUAUAAUGUUCGGCGUGAUCGGCAUUUAAAUCUUCGGCUUUUUUAUCUAGUUUAGUAGAACAUAACAUUACAAUGUUUGCAAUAAUAUCACGUGCGCAAGUAAUAAGAAGGAAGAAAGAAAACAAGGGAACGGGAAAAGAGUAAAAAAUGAGGUGAUUUUCAUUAUUUUCAAAUUUUUGUAUUUUUAAUGUGAAAGUUUCUUAAACAAUUAAAAGUAAAGAAGAUCAUCAUAACUGUAGACACAACUCUAGAAGAAUUAAAGCUAAUUAACUUUGCACUUAAAAUUCCCACCGAAGAUGAAAGGUAGUAUUGCACACUUUAAUUCAGUAGUAUACUGAAGAUACCCACCCGCCGGCAAUGGAACUUCGAAUUCUUGACUCCCCUUUCCAGCUUCCACGGAACAUUCAUCGCUCCUGAUUUCACGUUCAAUCUGUUCAUCUCGUGCGAACUUUUCAUUUGUAGCAAUGGGCGUCGUCUCUGUUUCGUCUGCCUUCUCCUCUCUGGAACCACCUGUUGUCGAGGUACCUGCUUGGUUGCGAUGAUCGGCAUUUAUUUUCGAAAAAAGAAAGCAUAUAAAAAGCAAACUAGACAUGAGUGUAGACAGAGGUAAGAGUGAAGUCGUAAUAGAUAUAUUUUUCUCGUUCAAAGACCACGACAAAUACGUUAUACAUGCCAAAUUAUGGCGUCGCCGCAAAUUUCCCUUUAGUAAACGGUCGCUGCCAUUUUUAGGACAAUUAUUAUUGAGAGUGUUUCCAUUAAAAAGAAAACUGGACCUCGAACCCGGACCUUUCGUAUCCUAAGCUCUCUCGAGCUCCCUUACCACUAGAGUGACACAUCGACCCUCCGAAAUUCCGAAAAAUUUAGGAACACAAAUUAGCAAAUUGUAUUUCUGGACUGAUACAUCAAUAACAUGUGACCCUAGCCCUUUCCAUAAGUUUUUAGGUAAAUUCAACUUCGGCUUCAACGUUGUUCUUUCUAAGACUGUUCAAAAACCUAUUAUUUGCCUUAUUGUAACUAAACCCAGGGAAGACAGCAAAAGCCCGCGACUGAGAACCUGGAUUUUUCUAUGCAGGCUAGCCUAAACAGGUUCUUAAAAAAAUGGUUAACUUAGCAAAAGUUUAGCCCUAAAGAUGGAAAGAUCUAUCCUCGCUGAUUUUGUAAAUUACCUAGUAGCUUAAAUAUAAAGCUUAAUCACAAGAAGAAUAAUAUGCAUGGGUCCAUAUGGACCAAAAACGGCCAAAGCGGACGUCAACAUGAGAAUUGCUUUUUUCUUCGGUUUACAGACGUGCUUUAUGCUGAAUUGGUAAAUUCAACCAUUUUAUGUGGAAAAUGGCCAAUUUCAAACAAUUUGGUAACGUCCAUUAACCAGUGACCAUUUAUGUCAUUCUCUGUUGUAACCAAGAGUCAAAGAACCAGCUGAAAGUUUAAAAUGACCACGUUUAUCGCAGCUAAGAUCCUCCUAACCUGUCUCUUUAUGAUAUUUGUUGAACCAAUGUCUGCUGAAUUUAAAGGCUUGGCCAAAGCGUAAACCUAAAUCCUGCAAAAAAGAACAGUCAGCGACCAUUUGUAUGUUGUAUGUACGUAUAUCGUAUCUGCCAAAGUGUUAUACUCAAGAUUGUUUCUAGACCUUAUUCACGUUACCCUCGAUCCCGCACGAGCUUAGGACUGAUGGGAUACAAGCUAUGUACCGGCCUGUUUCCCAUCUUCGCAGGGGGGCAAACAAGUGAAAAAAAUUUGCUAAUGCAAGAAAUCGCGGUUGAGUUUGUUAAUUCUAGAUAGACAACAGAGCAUGAGGAACUUUUCAUCUAAAAGACAUAAAUGGAAAAUUAUGGGUAGAAGUCGCCGUUGUUACGGCGCAGUAGAGACUACAGAUGUCCUCACAGCAAACAAUAAUGAUAAACAAACUCGACCGCGACUACUCCUUUUGGGAAAUUUUAUCACUUGUUUGCCUCCUGAAAUACCACGUGACAUAGCUUUUAUCCCAUCGAUGAUGCUGGGUAUCGUGAACUUUUAUAAUCGCGUAAUUCUUCUUACCUUUAUCAGUGCGUUUUUCAACUCUUCUUCGGAUUUCAUAAAAGACAGUGUGUCAUCCUUAAAAGAAGCAUAGCCCAAGUAGAUUUAUUAUACAGUGGAUGAAUAUAAAAUUGUCCCUUUCAAAUGCAAUGAACACUUGAAGAAACUGUUCUAUUUUUAUAGAUUUGAGUACCUCCAAAUAAUUUUCCUUGAAAAAUUGUUUCAACGAAGCAAGAUUAAGCCCAUCCAAAGCGGCAAAAGCUCUUUGAUAAUCACGAUCAUCUACGGAAAUUCAAGGUCAAACCAAAUGUUAAAACAAACAGGAGUUUUCUUCAUUUGGACACACAGACAAUACUAAAUCAUGGGUCUUUUUACAUUAACUACUUACAACACAAGAAGACAAUUGCUUCCUAUCUAUUUCACAGGGGUACCCAAAGACGACAAAGACGGAUUUCUGUGAAACGUGUGUUCAAUGAAGCAAAUAUUACCUAGAAAUUUCUUCUAGCUCUGAAAUUAAAUUUCUCGAUAACGGUUACAAUUCAUGUAAGAAAUUCGGAGUUUUUCUAUAAACAUCCCUAAGAUCUUCGGAAAUGGAUUUUUCACAUUAUCCGAUUAUUGGUAAAUAAGUGGUCACCUGUUAAUUCUGGUGUAAAGAAGAAAUGUCCCAUAACAUUUUCUAAUUCUAUGACUAUACUCCGUGUCCUCACAUUUUCGACAAGACCGGUCAGGGAAGCUUAAAUUUCGGAUGAAGCAAAAAAGCCCCCCGAAAAUUUCGAGACCAAAGUUUCUAUUAAACAUCCAAACAGAUAGAUAGCAUAUUUAGGGAAGGUCCAUAUCAACGAAACAGACUUCUAAAAUAUAAUCCAUUAUACAGGCAUGUCUGACUUAUUUGGCCUAAAGAUUUGGUCCUUUGGUCCCCCUGAUUUCUUUACCAGCUCAAAGUAGUAAGGUUUUUAUUUAUUUAUUUAUUUAAAUUAUUUCUACCUACAUACUCAGGUAUAUGCUAACAUUUAACUGGGUUUUAAUUGGUAACACUCACCUGUUUCUUCGUUCUCUGACUCCUAUGGUGAAAUAAAGAGAAAGCACAUCAACAACUUCAUUAGUAUAGCCUGUUCCAGGCUCUCAGAUAGUGAGGAAGACGUGAAAGAAAAAGGCAGGCGAAAAGUUGGUGGGGCGGGAAAAAGGAAAAGUUUCCUCCCGUUUUAUUUUCGUGUUUGCGCUUUCUCAUUUUAGCGGACCCGACCAUCUCAGAGCCUGAAACGGGCUACAAAUUCAUAUAUAACAAACCUAUUAAAUGUUUGACGUCUCUCAACAAUCUUUCUAGAAAGAGACGGCCAUUUGCAUUGUCCAACGAUCGGAUGGAACAAAAGAAUGGGGAACGUUUUGUUCCAGUGCACACGAAAGUCAUUCAUGCCAAUUUUUUCGUUUUUCUGCUAUAUUUGCAGGACCACAGUUUGAAAUCUAGAAUUGCUAAUAUGGCAACGUGACGUAACCACUUCUUUCUCGAUUGUUUCCUAGUUUAAACAGGUCAGCAGGAGAAAGUGAAUAGGCGAUCAAAAUCUCCGAGAGAAGGCGUUUUUAUAAGAAAAACGGUGUUAUCCGACUAUUUGCUUCAUCACGGAAACAGCUCGUACUUCUUUAACCGUCUAUGAUUUCUUCUCAUUCCUUAAUGUACUGGUAUGUUUAGUCGUCUACAAAGUUUGAACUUUGUUUUAUUCAUAUAUUUAUUUAUUUAUCUAUUUAUUAUUUGCCCUAGAGCAUUCACUAACGUCAGCAAUAUUUCAUUCAUCAAUGCAGUGAGAAUAUAUUCUUAGAAGCCUUUUCUAGGAGACCCCCCUUCCUUGCUGAUAAGAACAACUCUGGCAAUGAAUAUCACUAUUUUACGUUUAUUAUUUGCAGAUUCAAGGAAAGAGCUUCCACUUAAAUUCUUAAGAACAUUAAAAAGAUCAACAGCAAAAUACAAAUAAAAAAUGUUCAAUGUCUCUAUAUUUGAGACUUUAUAGAGCAAAAUGUGCAUCAAGCCAUCAAAAAGAUACGUUUAUUGUAGAAAACAGCUUACGGUUUAGUGACCUUUAGUCAAUUUUGGUUAUUUACGAUCGCGUGACCUUUUAUGAGAAGCGUAACUACUGACAGAAACUUUCUCAAAUGACCUGUCCAUGGUAAGCAUGGAUAAAAUUCAGUGCUAAUUUGCUCAGUCGUGUAUUUUCUUAACGUUACAUUAGAGUCUGUCCCAUGUAUAUUGAACAUUAUAUAAAAUACACAAUAAUAAUCAGACCUCGCUUGAACGACACUGAAAAGCGAUCUUCUCUUUCCUGGUUAUACACUCGAUAUCUUACAAACAUACAAAGUAUUGCCCUUCCUGAGAAGGGCUUAAUCAUUGAGCCUUCCUCAGGAAGGGCUAAUGAAAUAAAUUAAAAAAUCAACAAUUAAAAUACAAUAAUGAAUAAAUAUGAACAAGAUGAUCGUAAAAACUGACUACCGGAUAAGUAAGAUUCAAUAGAUAGUUCACUGAGGAGGAACAAAUCAAUAUUUUAUUAAUGCAAUCUCUAAAGAUUCUACUCUAUCCGUCAAAUAACAUGGCUUCCUCGUAAUUAUACCCUCUAAACCUGACUGUGAAUGCAAGCGAACCAAUUCUGGACAAACAGCUGUUCAAUAUACCAUUGCUAACAUUUGUGAGAUCAAUUGUACCACGUGAGUUCCUGUUAGAACAUGCAUAGGAGCGUUGUUCUUAGUACAUCAUUAUCUUUUCUUACUGUUCUCGAGCAAACAACUUACCAUGGAGUGAAUAAAUGAAACACAGCAAAAAGCCCUCAAUUUGUAUUAUUGCCUAUGAAUUUUAAUCCUCCGUUUUACAAUCCACAUGUACCACGUAGCCAUUGCCGUAUUUACUUAACUGUUUAAUUAAUGAAUAAUGAGCAGCAGCUUUAAUUUAUUCGAUCUCUCAGACAUGGCAGUUUUGGAGGGGUUUUCCCAAAUUCCAUAUAUGGUAACUUUAGGCUUAUGACGUUAUCAUGAACCAAUAAGCUCUUUGUUUCUAACUAUAGUUUUCUAGGAAAAUUGUUCUACUGACCUUUAAUAAGUGAACUUCCGUAAUAUAGCACCGCGUUUUGGUUUUCUAUAGCCAACACAUAUAUUUUUCGUGUUCUUCCAAAAUUGCUAAAUUAUAAACUUUAAAAGACGAGCAAAGUCAAAAUCUGCAGAACUUUAAGGUCAAAAAGCAAAAAAAGAAAUACGCUUGUUGGGAUAAAAGGCACAUGCGUCGGGAAUAGAUUGUACGGUACAGUCCGAAUAUUGUUUUCAAAUCAGAGUUCAAGGCAUACAUCAGCUAGCUCACAAUUUUCUUGAUCUUUUAAUGUUUUGAUUUAUGUGAUGGGUAAUUUAUGGUAAGAAGUGUGUUUUGCUCUUUAAGCGCUAUUGUUAUUGUUAAGUGUUCCCUUUGUAAACAAGACCUUGUUACUUCCUUCUUGAGGGAUAAUUACAGAACUUAAACAGAGCAAUAUAAAUGCCAAUAAGUACUCCAAAAUACAAGAUCCUACUUUGCCAGAUUUUUUAAAAAAGGUUCUUAUCUGCGGAAUUUUUACUAAAUCUCGACUUCGGGCCGAAGGUUGGCUUCACAAUAGGCCCUUUGCAGCUAGCCAUUCAUGUGGUACAAAACCGCCGUGUUGGAGAGCAAACUUCGCUCUGGGACAAGACAAACAAAUGAAAUAACCUUAAAAUUAUUUAACUAUGUCUCGUUUUUGUCCCUGUGCGACUUUUUCUCUCCAGCUCGGUGGUUUUGUACGACGUGAAUGGUUAGCUGCAAAGGGCCUAAAAUAGGCGUCACCACAUGGUGAUCGUUUCCAUAGAAUUUGCAAUUUAAUUAGGUUCUUAAUUUUCAUGAAGGAGAUAAUCGAUUGUUGAUUACCGUAGCAGAAAGCUAAAUAAACUUGGGUUUGGUCCUUAAAACUACGGUAUUUAUUCAAAACCCUAACAAAACUGAUUACAUGUACCGAAUUUAUGUACAGUUUGGUGCAGUAUUCCUGAAAAUUCUAACGUUCUAAAAAGUUGUGAAAAAUGCGCACGCUGGAGCUGGAGCCGUAUAGACCACAUGCUUAAUAUCCCAACGUAACGCGUGUUACGUCUUAACGUAAAUGUGGAUUUCCACUGUCGCAUAAUUUUUUCGUGCGUGCACCCGUAAAGUUUACCUACGUAAAUAAAGUAGAAACAUGACGAAGUACCAGAGUGAUGUCCUCGUCGACUAUAAGAGUGCUCAAUAGUUGAACUAGAGCAGAAUACAAGUAGACUGAUGGAACUGGAUUGACACCAAAGUUUCACUCAAAGAAAUUUCUAAUUUCUACUUAAAUUUACAAUCUCAAAGUCUCACUCCUUGGUUAAAUUGUUUAUCAUAAUUUAGCUGCUUAAUCUUGCUUGGCUAAACAGAUUCUUAUAUUUUUGGGUAUUAACGUGGCAACUUUCUGCCAGGAGGGUCUUAAUAAACUCGGUUCUUAUUCGAGGGUGCAUUUUUAAAUAUCAAGACUCAUUGUGCUGAAACAGUUAGCCUUAGAUGUUGCUAAGUCGACGAUGAUGGUAAGUCGUGUAAGUCCAGGUAGGUCAUGGAAGCUGGAGAGGCGCAUAGUAGUUUUACUGUAGUUCUUCACGUCUUCCCUCUUCCGAAACACCAUUUCCCUCAGUAAAAUGCGGUACAAUGGAAACUCUCCUAACGGAUACUCUCGUAAGCAGACAGCUCUACUUGCGGUCGCCUUCACAAAACCCGUUUUUCUAAACUCCUAUACAGACUCUGUAUUUUUACAUUCCCGUAAGCAGCUAGCUCCAGUUACGGAUACCUUUUUUGCGUCCUGAGGGUGUCCGCUCACAAGACUUUGUACUGUAUUUGUUAUGAUCCACCCCGACACAGUUGCGCCCAGUGUUCGAGCCCGAAACCCGGAAAAGCCUGAUUUUGGAAGGCAGUUCUUUUUGCAGCUGCUCAAGGUGCGUACAUAACUGAUGAUCUUUCUCGUGUUAAUAGUUCCUCUCGCAGUUAAAUAUAUGAAAUAAUAACGAUUACUCCAAAAAGCCGGUCUUAACUCAUUUUAAGGGUAAGGAUACACAUAAAACUAUUCACACAAGCUUAUUAAACCAAUGAAAGCCGUUUUGUUGAGGUAAUAUAAAUAUAGGAAAUAGAAGCUGAUUCUCACUCGCUGAUUUCUUAACUUCUAGGCAAGCUUUCCCGGAAUUUUCUAGAAAGAAGUCUUUUUUCGAAAAAAUCAAAAGGCGACAUACACAUUAUAUAUGUCUUUGAAAACAAUUUCAGAUUAAAUCUUUUCGCUUGCAAGUUUGAGGGUGGUCACGUACUGCAAUUCAGUUAUUAAAAUCAUUACAAGCAGCAGACAAGACUAGUCAAAGCAAACGUUGGUGGAAAGAAGAAGUUCAUGAAAGAUUAUUAACUAUACUUUGUGCAAUACAAGUAUUUUCCUGAAGAGUUAGUUUUCUUUAGAGGUCUGAAAUCGCUUUGAUCGAGUUCAUUUGACGCAGCAACGUAUCUGCAUGUGAUAUUCAGGGUCAUCUGAAAGAAUAAUGAGUUUCUUAAAGAUAAGAACUAAAAGUGCCUGUAAUGACAGCUGUAAUGAAAUUUCUGUCUUUUACUCUUCAAAGCUUACAUACAUGAAAAAAACCCCAAAAGAAAACCCUAGCUUUAGAGGUUUGAAAAGAGGCCCAAACGUACUAGCUAUUGCUUCACGUGAUAAUCAUGUCGAUUAGUAUCACUGACAAUAGUCUAUUACUUAUCCUUGGGAGUGUUCUGAUCAAAUAAAUAUUUUUAGUAUUUACCACAUCAGUGAAACUUUUUGCGCAGUUUGAUUGGCUCCCGCAACGCGGAAUAUCCUUGGCUAUUCCCGUUUAAAAAGGAGAAUCGUUGGUGAACUAGUCAUGGUUUAUUCAUGACGUUUAAAGAUAAGAAAAUAAACAUAAAAUACAUCAUGAAAAGGAAACACGAGGUCAACCCUAUGACGUUUCCUAUAAUAGCCGGAAAUAAAAAAUACGUUAACUUAUUACCUAUCACUGUUUACAUAUUCACAUAUUCAAUACUGCUGUAAAUUAUUCCAUUCUUUCACUAUGCGAAUAAAGAAUGAAUAUUUAUGGAAGUUAACCCUUGCAUUUUUCACGCCCAAUUUAAAAGGGUGGUUAGCUCGUGUCCUUUUAUCUAGGGCGAGUUCGAAAAAACCACUAAACCUCAGGGUAUUUAAGCCAAAACAAUUUUAUAGCAUUCUUUAAGUGAAAUCAAGUGUCUGCUUCUCUAAGGUGGGCCAGUUCAAAAUUUUAAUAAUUCCUCGUACUCCAUUUCCCCCACGCUUUUCACGGUCCAAGCGCAAUGCGAGAUGCCCUUCUCUGGAUCUUUUCAACGCUGCUAAUGCGUCUUUUACUGGGUAUGGGCACCACACUGGGGCUGCAUAUUCAAGGAUAGGUCGCACUAAAGUUAUGUACAAAAUACUGAAAUGCUUCUUGAUUUGUAGGUCCGAUCGUUCUGUAAACAAUGCCUAAGAUUUUAUUGGCCUUGUCCUUGUUUGCAGCAAAAUCAACUUGAGCUCCCCACGACAGGUCAUAAGAAAUCAAAAGUCUCAGGUCUUUCACACACUUUACUGGUUUGAUUGCUACUCCCAUAGUAUACGAAGGAGAUGACUUGUCAAGGUUAUGGAUAAUGCGCAUUGUUUCGCAUUUCUCCGGAUUAAAUCUCAGCUGCCAUAGAGUUGCCCAAUUUUUUAAGUGAUCAAUGUCGGUUUGAAGAGCUCGAGUAUAAUUUGAACUGUUGGCAAUCUCUUUGUACACUCUCUGAUUUCUUUCUUUCCUAUGGGUAUUUUGCUAACUAUUUAACGGGUAAUUUUUAAAAGGGUGUUUCGAUUUUGCAGUCUGAUUAUCAAUUAAGAAUGAAGUCUAUACUGCUGGUAACCGGACUAACAGGCCUUCCUUAGCGGCCAGGGGAAAGGGAGGGGAGAGGGAAAUUUAAAAGUCGAAGAGGGAAAGAGAAAGAAAGAACAAAGAAAGAAAGAAGAGAAAGAAAGGGGGAGGGUUCGACUACUGCGGAAAACCGCCAAAAAAUGGCACCGUCAAAAACAUCUCUCCUCUGCAGGGGCUCACAGCGGCAUGACGAGAGUGAGUGCGGGCACAAAGUUUGUUUGGCAUUCGCCAUUUUCACAUCUCCUAUAAUACACCUUGUUUUUCCCCAAAAUUUUGAAAGAAAAUAAACAAACAAAGUUAACAAUGGAACCUAGCCCGAGAACAAAAGAGCUGGCACCCAUUGGGGUCCAAUUAAAUUAGAGGUUCUGAAGAGCUGCACAGCUACUGCAUGAGAUUUUCCAUAGUCUUUGUCUUUCAUUUCCCCAGGAUAUUACAGUCGUCUCCAGAAAAAUUGGAGAAAAUGCAGCUUAUGCAAAAUUUUGGGGGAAAAUAAGGCGUAUUAUGGGAGAUGUGCAAAUAGCAAAUACGGCGGGUCAGCCCUGAAGAAGAAACUUUCAGUUUUCGCAUCUGCACUCACUUUGUGCAGCAGAAAUCUAAUAUUAAAACACCUCAUUGGACCUCUGCGGAGGAGAGAGCCUGCAAGCAAUAAUGCGCGGUCCCCUAAAGGCGAGAUAUUAGGUUCUCUGACUUUUAUUUGAUAUAACAGAUUCUGUUCAAAUGAGAAUGGAAGUUAGUUUCGAUUGAACAUGAUCGUAUACUAGGCUAAACCUCAUGUACAAAGGGACUGAUUUAAAGGCUUAUUCAAUGUGCCAUUUACACCGAACAAUUAUGCAGAGACUGCCCUGUUGUUCACUUUCCCUCUUUUAUCCCACUUGUUCCAUAUAUUUACUAUCUUAAAUCAUCCUACGGAACCCAUAACUAGCUAGGGUCUAUUACCUUUAACAGGCAACUUUCGAUAUAUUAAAAUUUGACUAAGCAUGAUAGCGAGUCUUAGAGGAGACAAACAAAGAAAAUCAAUAAACAUGUUUAUUAAUUUUCUUUGUCUUUGUUUUCUUUCUUUAAUUUUCUUUUCUUUUCUUUUCUUUGUCCUCUGAGACUCGCUAUGAUGCUGAAUUUUAAUAUAUCGAAAGUGGCCUAUUCAGUUGUAUGUCCUUUCUUUAUUAAAACUCACGCGCGCAAUGACAGGCCAUAAACCAGUUAUAAUGAUGAGUCAAGCAUCCAAACGCAUCGGAGACACGUCUUGAUUAGUACCAAUAUCAUAUUGAGCCUGGGAACCGUGUGAACAGACAGUAGAACUACAAGACUGUAUUACGCUUGGAUUUAUACACCCUUAUGACAAGGUAUUAUUACUUGUUCUUUUGCAAAAAGAAAGAAUAUACGACAAUAAGCCUAAACAUUAACGAUCAAACGUUAUACGCGGAAUUCUUUUACCAUACAGUUUCAACUCUUGAGUGGUAGACCAGCCUCAUGGCAAGAGCGUAGCGUCCAGGAGUCCUGUGGCGUCCAUAUACGCACAUGCGCUCGUGCGAACAUUUACAGCUGAAAAAGCAUUUUUUUUACCAUUAAAUCGGGAUGAAUGAUAUGUUUUUCGCAAUUCGGUGUCUUUGUGUUAGUAUUGCUUUUAACUUUUUAUUAUUCCAUAAUUCUGUUGUCGUCACUUGCCUUCUUUUUUCCAGUUAACACUGAACAGUUACCAACAAUACUAGAAAUGGGUAAAACAAACCACUAACCGCUGCAUUUUCCUGCGUAUCAAUUUGCUGAAAAUGUCGUGCGGAAAACACUGGAAAUGGCAUUUGCGAGACCCUAUAUUUAAGAAUUUUGUGGGGGAGCAAGCCCCCAGACUCCCCUAGGUUAGGCCACUUUUGGCGCUACAAGUGUGUACACCAGGUGUACACCUUCAAAAUCUCACGCUACGCCCCUGCACUGAUGCAUCAGAGGGGACAACUAAAAACGGUCCCCUUGGUUUAUUGUCCAAUAACAGGUUUGGGGAAGAAUGAUCCUUUAGUAGAGCGAUUGUAAACUGCUUUAUAAUUGUCAAGCCAAAUAUUGAGUUACAGCUCUGUGAGAAGUUAUGUCGACGGCAUUCAAAAUGGUAAGUGAAGAUUCCUACUAUCGUGAUUAAAAAAGAGCUAAAACUAAACAUUAUUUCCUCUAGACUGAGGCAAAAAGACAAAACACUUGCAAUUCGCUUCUUUAGAAACGAGAAGGGAACUGGAGCCCAAAUAUGUCCCGCAAUGGUUUCUGGGAUCGUCACAGGGAACGCAUCAGCUAUUGGCCAAUUUUUUCCCCGGUCCCUAGUAACGGUUUCAGAACUCUUUGCAAAAGUUAACUAGGCUCAGUUCCUUCUCGUUUCUUAAGUGCCGCAUUUUGUGUUAAAAUGUCUUUAACUGAAUUAAAAGAUGACGUCACAUUUCGUAACUACAUGUACAGUGGCCGCUGGCCAUUUGGCCGAAAUGAGUUUAAGUUGUGUCACCCCAAGCCUGCAUUUUCUUGCCCGUUUUUUCUAAGUUUUUUAGUCUAUUGCGCUGGAUAAAAAGCUUUUUCACGAAUGAACUUCUGAAACUUGAGUUCAGGAAGUGGUAAUUGCAAUAGCUGUGUCAGCCGUUAGGCUACUAGAACCCCCACAACCUCCCCACUUGCUUUCUUAUCUAGUAAGGAUAUCACAUCGAAAGCCUAUUUCUUCCCUCAGCAGCAUCAAUGUAGGAAAACAGUUAGAGCUCUAUCUCCUGCUUGUCAGGAGCCUGGCUUGUAGAGUUGUUUUAUGAAAUUUAACUGUGCAUAUUAAUGUUUCAGUUUGUUGCAGGAAAAUUUUAAUAAGCACCCCUUUGUAAAAAAAAACCUUACUAUAGUUACCUCUCAGUUCCAAGACAGGUUCUUGUGUAAGCCACCUUGGACCCCACGUUGUCGUGCACGUGUAUGUUAUGACAAGCAAAGGUGGAUAUCAGCCUCCUCCCUUUGGCUAAUAUCGCAUAUUGUAUUUUUUUCUCUGCAGGAACGAUAACUUCAUCGAGUUGGAAUCGUCAUAUAACUCGUCAGCUUGGUAGCCACUUAUGGAUUGCAGAACAGCAACUUUGGUCAACUUGUUUGAAGUAUUGGCGAACUAGCGCACUCUCCUUUAUUUUCUCAGAGAAUUCACCCGAGAACUAUUUGCUAGGAGAGACUAGUUCUUAGCCUGUAAAAAGAGGACUUGGACUGUUCAAACAUUAGUUUCAAAAAUAGAGACCUCAGACGAAAACGACUACGCGAACGGGCCUUGAUUUAAAGGUUUUUGACGUAGACACCACAGAAAGCUUCAUUUCACUUUUUUUUCUUUCACUACAAAAGUUAGCACUGUUAUCUUUACUGAAGCAGGUCAAGCCCUCCCCGAUCGCAAACUAAUAAAGCUUAACUCGUUUCCGCCACUAAGACACUGAAACUCGUAGUAGAAUGACGACAGCUAUCACGUUUUCCCGCCAGAAUGACGCUGAUUCACGCGCGCGCAUUGCUUAGUAUUGAGAAAAUCUCGUACUCGGAGUCGUCCUUGUUAUAGAAGCUAAAGGCCUAUUGUUAUCACAAACAGCAGCUGGUCUAUUGAGACGACCAUGCAAGAUAAUUGUAAAAAAAUAACCUGAUGGUUCAUUUUGCACUGUUUAUAUAAGUCAAUAUGUAGAGGUCAUGUUUUGCUCUAGAACUAUGCACUUCUAUACUGCUACAUGCUACAUUCUAUAUUGCGUGCUAACGUACUGUUGUGUCUUUACUUCUUUAACACAUACCGCUGAAGUUAUGCACAGCAAUAACUAUGCAAGUAAACAAAAAAUACAAUUUUUUUUAUAGUUAACAUUACGUUAAUACAAUAUCUGCACAACGAGAUUUUACAUUUGACCUGUUGUUCUACAAAGCAUGGAAGUCUUGUGCGAGUGUUUUGGUUCCCCUUGAUAAGUUAUUUUGCCAAGGUACGCAGACUGAGUGCGGAUGAACCAAGUAACAAUGUCAACAAUAUUAAACUGCAUGAUGCUGCCGUAAUGGUAUGUAGUAGAACCUGCAUACCAUCACGACAACCCACCUUCUUUGGGGAUGGGUAGAGAGGACCGUGGCCCCUCGCCCCAGUUAUUUCCGCAAAAGGUGGAUAGCGCUAGCCACCGGAUAAAUCGCUAUCUUGUUGAUAACCUCCUACCACUGCAGAAGAUUAUUAAAUAUGUAAUAAAAAACAAGGAGCUAAUUAAAGCCUAAGUGAGGUAUACCUUUUAACUUUCAUGAUGUUUUAAUAGUAUAGCAUGGGAAAAAAACUGUAUGUAGGACGGUACGAUGCUGGCCUAAGUUGUUGAAACGGUGGGUAGCGCUAAAACGGUAAUAAAUCGUUAUCCAUGUGGGAGCAACGCAAUUAUUUUCCUAAUAAUGAUGGGCAGUGACUUAUCCGGUAGAUAGCACUGUAUACUUUAUGAGCGAUUUGCAUCUGCUCGUCUACAAACAUGUAUUCUGUGCAAGACUUGCCGUACUCGAACGAAAUAAACCGUGGACGUUUCAGUUAGACUUAUACUUUCUGAAAGGGACCAGGCUAGACGCAAAAUGUUUUAAAAGAACUUCUUCGCCUCCUUUGGUGCGAAUCCUUAAUCUCAUAAUUUAAAAUUAAGGGUCUUCUAGUUUGUAAUCGAUUGACCCUAUUCGGGAAUAAAUGUCUUAUACUCAGUACAAACCGUCUGAGCGUGUAUUGAAACUAAUAACAGCGUAAAGAGAAAGUGAGCGUUAAAAAAGUCAACAAAACUACUAAUUGCCUCCCGUUCACGCGGAAACCUCGUUUAGCACGCUGCUAACGGCCCAUUUUGGGAUUCCAUGGUGUCUAUUCUUUUACUGAAAAUUCGCCUUGUAAAUACUUCCACUUAAAAGAACCCCUACAAUGUUAAGCGAGCAAAGAAAAUUCAAUUCAAUUCAACUCUUUAAAAACACCCAUGUCUCCACACAACUAGGGCCACCCUGUUAAUAGGCCAAUUUUUUAUGGCCCGUCAGUGGCUGUAAUAAAACAGGGUUCUACUAAGAACAAAGGAUAGGGGAAAAAAGAACAGCCUCGACAUGACAAGACUUUAGAACUGUUCUUAGGACUAUAAGUCAAAAGAGACAAGAAAAAAAUUGUUUGUGGAGCAGCAAACCAUUGAUACUGAAAAUCCAACUCAGGCUGACGACAUAGCAAAGAAAAAGAGCAAACGUUGCCCACACGAGUGAUUGAGCAACCAGAGCAGUCUGACCGAUAAGCUAAAUAUCACAGCAUUUCCUUCAAUGCGUGCACCUGUUGAAGAACCACUAGACGCCUAUAUAGGAGACGAGAGGACCUACAGAGAAAGACUAAGUUCCCAUCAACAAUGAGGACUGAAAACGAGAUAGUCGAGUUUCUGAGAGAGAGGUUUGUCAUACCACGUCCAUGAAACGUACUACCUGAGUUCCUGACUUUCACUGGAGGUUUAAUUUGCCAUAAGAAAAGGAUUCCAUAGAAUUGAAACAAUAGACCACACUGAUCAUCGCUCUUGAAUGGACAAUACCUGGGACGGGAGGGAAAAUUCGUCACUUAAUAGCAAAGGCUUUAAAAGAACUUAAGGCUAGAGGUUGGAAGUCCGAAGCAAAAUACGUAAACACUGAGCAGCCAAGAGGAACCAGGGCUAAUCAGAUACCAGACCCUUGGAAUCAGCGCAAACCGAUGCGCGCAAUGGAACUGAUAUUAAAUAAAGUAAAAAACAAGAUACUAGACUUGACGACCUGAAUGCUUCGUGUUUUACAAAAUCACUUGCCUCUACAAUGCCGACUCGCACCCAUUUUCUUUUCUUAUCUCCAUCUUGGUUAAACACUAGCAUUACUGCAGAUAUCUGUGCCACUCCUCUGAAAAAAUCCAGCGGAUUUUCCUUCUAAGGUAGAAGAUGAAUCUGCAGUUACCACUCUCCUGUUCUGAUACUGACAUGCAAGAAAAACACGUUACUCUUAAAACAGCAAAUGCCAAAGAAAGAGAAAACUUUGCAAACGAAUAUUCGGUCAAAAUUAACAGCGAACAAAGCGACAAGGAAAAUAUGGUAAACUAGGACAGUCAAGGUGAAAUCUGUGAUUAAACCCACCGCAAAGCUCAGUUAACACGACAUCCUUGAUAAGUUUCUUCAAGGGUAUCUUAAGUGCGAAAUUAUAGUGGCUUGUAACAACUCUAGCAAGAAUCCUGGACAAAUUGUUAAUCUGAGGCCGUGCAAAGAAAUAACAAGUGUCUCGGGCAAGAACCGCAUAGAAGCAGUAGCGGGAAAAAGAAUAUUUUGCUUACUUCUAGGUUGAAAAAAGCAAGUUUGUUUAGGACGAUUUCUAAUGUACUUUAAAUUGAGAUAUCAGUUGUUAUAUUUAAGCCAGAUGUUGAAGGACUUCAUUCUACCUUUAUACAAAAUACUACGCAUGUAUUCCUAGCGUUGGCUUUACUAAAGAUGAGAGUUGUUAAAACUGUGUCACUGAACACGGACUAAUAGAUGUGUUCAAUCUCUUUCUGUAUUUAUAUGAAAAAAAUUCUUAUAAUGAACAUUCAACGUGGAAGUGGCAAUUGCGACCUCUCUGUCUUUCAAUGUCUGUCGCAGAUUCUCUAAGUGUUUUAUGCCUUUUUGUCCUUCCAUAUGUCUCCACGACUGUCCAGGUAAGGUCCCAGAUUCCAGGCAUAGCGUUCAUGGUUGACUUUCUCUCUGCACACAAACUUAUUUUCUUCCGUGCACUUUGUGCACACGAACUGUAGAGUAUCACCCCUCCAACCAUGUGCAAAAUUGCAUUUAUCGGUUAAAUUAGCAUCACAUCCAGGCUUGUGAACAGUGCAUUCUUUUCCUUUUUUAGUGCCCAAAACAAACGCUCCGUGAUGUAGCUUUCCUUCUUGAGUCACCUGUUUUGGUUCAAACCAUCUCUUCUCGUUUCCACGGGUCCCUACUACGCGCUUGCUUUUCUCUCCUAUCGCAUCUGCUGGGUUUUCUUUUGCCUUGGAUGUCCUCCUAUCAACUGUUUUCCAUUGGUCUUGUGACGGCGCCUGCUUACGAACUUUCCAAACGGAUUCGAAUUGCUUCUGAGGGCUUUCGUCGCUUUCAAUUCCACACAAUGCAUUGAAACGACCACCUAUGGUAAACCGCUCGUCUGCAUCGUCGAAACCGUCAUCUCCAGUACGAUUUUGCGCUUUCCUUUCUCUGAAAACUUCAGAAUCGCAGCUCGUAUCUUCUUCUUUGUAGUGUUCCGGCUCAAAGGCUGCGGCACCAAGCUGCUGCCAAGGUGUUGAACGACCACUCUUUCGCGCGCCAUGAUAACAAGGGGGACCGCUAAAUUUGCCGCUGUUGGUGAAGUCUUCGGAAGAUGCAUAAGGCAUCGUAAGAGGUGAAGCAUUUUUCUUAAGCGAAGCGUAUGUUUCUUUAUCCACUGGAUCAUAGGCGUAGGGUCCAGCGACAGUAAAUCCGAGAUAAAACCAUAAGUCGUCUUUGCUUUCAUUGGGAUAACGUGUGUUGUCAAAGUGUUUCUGGAGUCCCUGGUAAGAAAUAAUGCCCUUCCUGCCUGGCUCCUUUUGACCUUGCACACGUUCUAAACGCUCAGAGGGUUCCUUGCCUCGCCAAAAAUGUGUCUUCGAUUUCCACUUUGUUUCAAGCCACUGAAAUUCAUGGCUAUUAACAAUAGCAUUCAGACCAAUUCCUUUACCAAGGAAGUACUCAGCACCUGAUUUUCGAAAUCCUGAACCUGCCUUUUCCUGAACAAUGUUUGCACAUCGUUUGAUUGACUCUUUGGUUUGCGAAGUGUAGUGAGCAAGGCCUCCAUUUGGAAUAGGAAAAUGUAUCAUGUAGUAGAAAAGAUGUGCCCACUCGGAAUUAGGAAAUUUUUUCACAAAUUUAGUUACAAUCUUGUCGAGCUCAUUAACGGAAGGUUUGUCUUUAAGCUGAAGACAAGCCUUGGAACAAAUUAGCAUGUCAUUAUGGCUACCAUAACCAUUAAGACAAAGGGAUUUUAACAACUGAUAGAUCAAAUUAGCAUCGCUUUUAGUAAUGUUUGACCAUGUGCUGUAAGGGGUCUCGUCUUUGAAGUAAAGAAAGUCUUGAACUUGCUGCUGAUAUAGAACGUGGUCUUGGCCAGUUAAAGAGGAAGAAGACAGCAAUUGCACUGAACAUUCUUCACUGCUUAACUCUCUUUUGUCCAUUCCGGUGAUUUCAUAGAACUGUCUCCGAAGAUUGGAAGCUCUUAUCUUUGCGUUAUUAAGACUUCGUAUUUCAUUUUCAUCAUACGUAGUCGUCUGCCUGAUCUUCACGUUUCCAAACAGUUCGUUCAGGAUAUCAAGUAUGGUCGAAGGGAGACACUGAACGAAACCUUGGUCCUCUAAAGAAAGCCCCAUCAAUUCUGAGGGAGCCUCCGUUUCUUUCAAGUACCUCAAAAAUCUUUUUGCAUCAGAAUGAAAACAAGACUUAACGAUCUCAAGUAGUAAAAUUAUGGCUUCAAUUUUUCCAAUCAUUGAGAAAAGAUUUGGUACCUUUGAGGUCGCCAGAGCCUUUUCAUAAAUCUCCAGUGCUUUGCGGCAAGUUUGGACUGCCUCCGCUAACGAUCGAAGAGGUGUACGCUUAUAAUCUGUAAGCUGGAGAAAGUACAAAACACCUUUGGUAGUGUAGUGGUUAGUGUAAGUGCGUUGGAGGGAGAUUGCAAUAUCAACGGCCAUGUGGGCCGCAUCGAUUCCGGUGAGGAGCAGGGGUGGUUUUUCAUGACUUUCUUUCUUCACAGCGUUGUACAGUUGUUCCACUAUAUUACGUAGAUCAACUUCUUCAUCUAAACUGUUUGUACGCAUCUCAUAUCCCAUAAAUCUUGCUAACUGCUGCCACGCCUUAGACUUUUCUUCUAUUUGAGUUGCCUGUUCGCAGACUGUGAGAAGAACCUCCAGGGCACCAGCUCCUCGAAUAUUACUUUCGUCCUCCUUAAGGUCUUCGAUAAGGGGCGAAUAUCUCGUGCGUUUUCCUAAAAAUCCAAAUACCUCGUUUUCUAAAUCAUUGCCAACUAAACGAUCAUCAGCCGCCUGUUCCUUGAGUAAAACUGGAUCAGAUAUUCUUUUGCGAUCUAAAAACAUCCUGAACACUUGUUGUCUUAAAAACUUCAUCGCGUAUGCUUUUCCUUUGACAACCUUUUCCAGUACGAGUAUGGCAGUGUUCUGCACAUUUAUUCUUGACGUCACCACUUCACUUACUAAGGAAUGCGCUGGUCGCCAGCCAUAGUACCCAUGAGUUUCGUCUUGUAAUUCAAGGAGAAGACCUCCAAAAGCUUCAUGGAUGUCUUGAAUGGCUGGAAAUUGCUGUUUAUCCCAAGAAAGUCUUAAGUAAAGGAAGUCCAGGACUACUGAAUGCGGAAGGAUCACACUGCCAUCGCUGUAUUUGUUGAGAAAGCAACACAUUUCAAGUAGCAUUUGGUGUUCCUCUCGUGCUUCACCAAGAAAAGCCAUCAAAAUGUUGCGGAUGUGAUUCUGAAGCCGUUCCUUGAUCUUUAGGUAGUCCCGUCCAAAUAGUUCCAGUCCAAACCAAAUGAACCUCUUCUCUCUUUCCAAGACCUGUUCAGCUUCUCUUCGUUUCUCACUGUCGACACUUGUGAUGUUGAUCAAAAUAUUCUUCACGCGAGCUGUCUCCUCCUCAUCCAGCUUUCUUAAAGUGAUCUCUAAAUUGGCUAUGGACGUUGAAAUUGGCAAAGUAGCAAGAACAACGCAUUUUGUCUGCCUCUUCAUUAUGUGGUCUCUUAAAAAACGAAACUUAAUCUCCGGAAAAUUGUCAACCAGCACAAGGACUGGAAGUGAAAACGUCAUAUUCCUUUCCUCGUAGCCAAUGCUUUGUAGUUUCUCAAUCUGGUAAUCUGUUGAACAUGUUAUGGCUUUAACCACAGCACAUCGGUAUUCCGUUCGUUUACUCCACAAGAUUCGGCGACACAGAGUCGUGGCGCCAGACCCCGGCUCGUAAGAUACAGUUAUAGUCUUCACAUAGAAGCUGGCGUCAACAUUUUCUUUGGACAGGGACUUAGGUGCGCUUCCAACCUUAGCAUUAACGUCUUUUUCCAGAGUUCGUGGGAUACUGUGAUCAUAGAAGAGGUUUACCUGGCUCGCUUGGGCACCUUUAUAGAAUGCAUCUCUUGCCUUCUCAAUGGCAUCUGUCAAUCUGGGCAAUCGGGGAUUAGGAAAAUAUACUUCUAAAUCAUCCAAAGAGUGAAUGGCUUUGUUCAGAACCGCUUUUAAACCAGAGAAGUAUGGCAGCUCUGUUGUGGCAUCUUUCUCUUCAAAUUUAGAUGGUCCUACUAAUUCGCGAGCAAUUUCUUUCAGAAGAGUCCAGGAAAUUCCAGCUACAGAGCAUUCUUCUAGUUCUCUCUGGAGUGAAUAUUUUGAAGCCUUGAUAAAUGCGUCUGCAAUAUCUCUAGAUUCACUGAUGAUAGUAACACAGCUGUUUGCCGAGUCUCCCAGAAUACUGAAACUGCUUUCCAUGAUGUCCGCCAUUUCAUUGACAGCGGUCUCGCUAAAACACAGGAAUACACAAACAAGCCGUCCUGGGAGAAAACAUUGUUUGUAGGCUGAAAGAGCGCGAUACAAACAGUCCUUGGAACGUUUGAUCCAGUCCCCCUUUUGCAUCUCUUCAUUAUUGAAAAUCCAUGUCGUCCCUCGAGUUGAGAUUAAGGAAUCCUUUUCAGCUGUUAUCUCUUUAAACUCGUCUAGGGUUCGUAUUUUUGCUCGUGGCGCGUCGCUAGUCUCGUUACAUGUGUGAUGUAAGCCAUCUUGUUUGGAGGAUGGAUCAAACAGGUCAAACACUGCCACCCAAGGUAUGUUUUGUAGGAACGACAAAUGUGCUGUAUCUCUGUACUGGGCAGGAAGUUUGUUUGCAAAAAGUAUGAAGCCAUACUCUUUGUAGUUCAGCUCAUGUAAUCGCUCUCGUAAGAUUUCAGUGUAUUUUUUGGCGUCGCCUUCCUCCAAACUGAGUUCUGUUAAAACAGAAAUAAUGGUCAUGAUUAUAAAAUUUUUUAUCAUAGACUCACCCGAACCCCAGUCGAUAUAUGUAACCUUAUUCGGCCAAUUGAAUUACCUUGCAGUUAAAAAGUCUAUGGUUGCUUUUUCUCCUUUGGAAGAAAGCAAAAGCAUUUAUCACUCACCUUCAGGUAUGUGGUAGGCACCUAGAAAGAGAGAAGAUAAUUGAUUAUAACAUGGGAUACUAGGAAAUUAAGAGGAGUCUUUUUGUUGCGUUCCCUAGUCAUUUGAAACAAGACGUUCUUUUCCGUGAAUCUACCUGGACCUAUCCUUCGCAUGAGCCGCUUGAUCCCGAGUCCUUGUCUAUCAGCAUUUAAUCAGGCACAGAUGAACUUGUUUGCCUUAUCCAUAAUAUACCAACUUAAAACGUGUAAUAGUUAUAUGACAGUGAUAUUAUACAACUAUCCCCCGAAGGGGAGGUGAAUACCGGUGAUGUUCACCGAGACGCGAAGCGUCGAGGUGUAUAUCUAGCGCAGUUCACCGACCCUGAGGGGGUAUAGUUGUUUUAGUAUUUACCAAAUCAGUUGGAUAAAAAUGAAAAAAAGUAACUUUUUCUAUAAAAUUAAAAAAGUCACUUAGCAGGAUUUUUAUUAUACAAUUUACAAACAUUUCGGGGAUUUUGUCAAGUGCAUUUUUACCUUUUUGUUGCAAUUUCAGCACGACAAUAAUUUUCUACCUACCAAGAAAAACCGACAAGCAAAAGUUCGUCUCUUUCUUGGUGUUUGUUUGUACGACUGCUUCAUUUAUGGCUCAAAUUUCGUUUUUCGAAAAUGCCUCGAAACGAGACGCCAUCUUGGCCCCGCUCGAAAACAGUGAAUAGCCAAAGAUAUUCCGAGUUACGGGGCCAAUCAAAACGGCGAAAAUUGCUAUUCACUGAUUUGGUAAAUACUAAAAAGAAAUAUUCUCAGUGACAGUUGACAGCGUAGAGGGAGGGGCUGGGAUGCCCCCUCCCCCGCCCCUCCACAAAAAAAGGUUUCUUACAAAAUUUAACAUGGUGUUUUCUUUAUUCGUUAAAUGCAAAAAUACCGACACAACAUUAUUUCCACGUUUUGAACGCGAGCUUUCAUCCGUUGAUCACUUUUUGUCGGUACGAUUGGGAUGAUAAAUGAAUGAACCUUGUAUGUUGCAGCAAAAAGCUCCUCUUUUUACGCGGCUCAUUUCUAUGACUAUUGAACCCAUUCGUUCGUGAACGGCCCGUAGCCGCCCGUGCAAGUCCACGUCCCUUGUAUCGCUUGUUAAAGUCACCACUUUUAACGACCAUGGACAAUUUUGUCAUAUAAAAUGUGCAGGGGGGUAGAUAUCUUUUAAUACACACAGGAAUGAGAACAAUUUCAGUCAAGGUGGCCGGAGCAAAAGGCAAAAAACCAUAUAACGUUGACUUAAACAUUUCGAUGAAAAUCUUGUUCCACUAUUCGUGUGUUCUUCUUUCCAUCUAACCUAUGAUCUUAAAAGCUUUCCCAAAUACUUUUCCUACCAAAAUGAAGCCUAGUAAAUGCAAAGCGAAACGAAAAAGUGGGGUAAAAAGGCAAAAAAAGAGGGAAGGAGAAAAAGCUAAAGACGAAAGUCGAACGGCUACCGUGUCACUUUAAACCCGAAAUUUUUGUUUUCUUCUGAUGCCCGACCUUCGGCAACUGUUUUGCAUCUGGAUUAGAAGGUCGUAAAGUGCACGGCCUGUAAACGGCUUCUUGGUAGGUUUUAACUCUUUAUAACCAGGGAUUGACCAGAAAAUAGCUCGACUAGCUUUAAAACGCGUUUUUCGGCAGACUUCUUAGGGGCGAAUCUCUUAACAUCGUCAAGUAGUCCGGGGACCGUGGGGCAUAUUUUGGAUUGGAGCUAGCUCGCGCUACAACCAGUUGCAAAAAUGAUGAGACACUCCCACGGAAAAACGACCUUUCUUGCUUCAAAUCGCUCUUGGUCACAGGUCUGUAAAAUAUAAUACUGACCUCCCUCCUCCCUCCCAUUCAAAGUUGUUCCUCCAAGUUUUGAGUAUGGUCUUGUAUUGCUAGCAACUUUGAUAAGGGGUGGAGGGGGCAUCACAAGCACAAGAUCAUGGACAGGCCAUUUAUGCCAAAAUACGGUACAGUGUCUCAAGUACUUUUGCAACUGGUUGUCUCAUUUAAGGUUUACUUCAACAAGCGAUUUCCAGUGGGCUCAUCAAGUUUUUGGAAAAAUAAAUCUUCUGAACCGUCUAACAGUUUAAAAUCACUUUCAAAUUCUUCUUCACGACAAACUAGAUUGCUUUUGGGAUUGUUCGUUUAACAUAUAUAUACAUUUAUACAAUUUUCUUUUUUCUCUUGUACCCGCCUCGAAUAGCCUUCGCUAAUUGUGGCCACAAGCUUUGUAAGCUAUAUUUGAUUUGAAAUAAACUUGUUGUUGUUGUUGUUGCUUCACUAUCACUAGAGGGCAAUGUGUCCUUUUGUAGGGCAGCAACCAUUUCCUUAAAUGAUUUAAUUUCUGGUGAUUGCUCAAAGGAUAGAUCUUCAGUAGCUUCGUCUCUCACACUAAUUUUCAGUUUUCUUGGUGGGUCGUGUGUUGGCUUACUCCCUUUUUGUUUUUUCGUGGGAUGUCUUUCAGGUGUAUAGCCAUGUUUCGCUGGUGUUAAGUUGAGUAGUUUGAUGCCUGCAGUUUCAGUUACAGUUUCUUGUGCUUUUACCAUGUUAAUCAGAGUCGUUGACAAAUGUUACAGGAACAAAGUCAUUCAGUUGUUUAUGAGGUAGAUUAGAGUGGUUCCUUUCAGGAGCCUCAAUGUAGUUCUCAACACUACAAUCAGGAACAAAAGUUGUAGGUACACUUGAAAAUGAGUUGCAUUUUUUCAGUGAAAGUUCUUUUAGGUCAGCUAUUUUGAUCAGCUGGUUUGAUUGUGUAGAGAUGCUGUAAUGUUGAAGAAUGGCUUUAAUGUUUGUAAGGCUACCCUUGUUGUCUUUUAACAUCAGCAAGUUUUUGUGAUCUUCAAUAAUUUAUCUGUUUUAUUACUUGAUUAUCAUUCAAAGUAUUUAGUUGUUGAAAUGUGACUCCAUUGGUACAAUUUGUGUGUUGCGUGGCAACUUUCUCAAACAUUAAAAGAUACAAACUCUCCUUUUCAAGAAAUAAUGGUUUGGGGCCAACAAAGGUUGCUUUUCCAUUAUUCCAUAGACCAUUGUAAACAAACCAACCAUUUUUGUAAUUUUUUGAGAAGAAUACACUUCACACCAGUAGUGAUGUGAUUUCAGGUAGACAAUACCAGUCAAUUUAUACAUACAGCCGUUAAUAUCAAUUGUGUUUUCUUUGUCCAAGUUUGGAGUGUACCCUUUUGAAGAAUUUCCUGUGUACCCAACAAAAAAUAUGUUAGGUUGGUUGAGUACAGUUGUUGAUUGUUGUAACAUUACCCCACAAGUCUUAGGAUCACUUAUUAUAGCACAGUCUGAGUCAAUGGCAUUAAUCUGAUUAUGAUGUUGGGAUGAAAUUCCUUAGUGUUAGUUUGUGUUUAAUCACCUGAAUAACAUCGAACUCAUUGGAAUCUUGGAGGAGGUGUUCGUCUAAUACAUCAUCAGCACUGACUGGAAACACAUUAUGUCUAAAGGUGCAAAAUGAGUCGUGGUUUGGGUCAUAACUGCAUGAUUGUGAAUAAUUUGUUUUGGGUGAAAAUUUCUGUCGAAGAUCUUCAGGCAUGGAUUCAAGAAGUCUGUAUGUGAUGGAAUCAAGGGCAGCUUCUUUACCAUAGGCAUAAUGUGUGAUCAUAAAAUGUUUUGUCCCUAAACCACUUCCAUAAUGACAUUUUACCAUCAUGGAAUUUUCUUUUUUCUCUUAAUACAAAUGAAUUAAGUAAUGCAGUAAGACCUUGUGACAUAUUUACAUUGGGGGAAGUAAAGUGACAUUUGAAACCAUGAUAGGUCAUUUCAAGGAAAGUGACUUGAUGACAGCUGUUGUGAAUUCCAUUGGAGCCAUACUUAUAAGAUUGGUAGGACAGUUGUUGUGCACCUUGCGACUUGUUUUUCCUCUUUCUGUAUACCUCGCACGGGUUGAGUUUACAAAGCCAUUCUUCAUCUUUACAACAUUUUUGCUUUACUGGUUUGUCUAUAGUCUCAAAGUUCUUCAAGUCGCUAUGAGAUAAAACAUUUGGGGUAAUAAGAGAAUUGGGAAUAAGACAGGGACUUAUUGUGGCAAUUUCCUUACUUUUUUGUUUUAGACCAAAGACAUUUUUAUGCCAUGGAGGUUGUAUCUCAUCACAGGCAAGAUUCCAAAAUUUGUAGAGGUAAUUUAAAAGCAAUUCUAUGUAACUGUCAUCUCUCUCAACAAAAAAAACUUUGGUGCCAACAGGAGUCCAAACAACAUAGCAAGGCUCGAAAUAAUUUCCGGAGAGCCUUCAGACACGAUGACCGGCCAAAUUCAUUUUAACUCGGUCACUUACCGUUUCUGGCCGGUCAAAUUUAUGAGAUAAAUAACUCUUAAAACAAGGGCCAAAAAACAGCUGUGGGUUCAGAUAUUUCGCGGGGUCGAGGGGCCGCGAAAUUUGUUAGAAAUCUUAUCUAAUACAUGUCGAUACAACAUAUUUGAAACUUAUCUCGGCUAUUGGGGAUGUUAAUUGCCGUCAACUUCAUCCCCACAACGAGCGAACAACAUUCCAAAACUACCAGGCAUAAGUUAUGUUGGGGACAACUGGGCACUAGUCAUGAUGUUUUAAAAAGCUUUGCCAUUGGCUCAUUUCUCGAACGCUUUGUCGUUAAAAUAGCAAGUGAUUAUGUCUGUUAAAAAACUUUAAACAUGCUCGUCAAAUCAGCACAAAAUCAAUCGAUUUCUAGCGAAAUUUGUACAGAAAAAUCCCACGAAAUCGGCCGUUUUUAUCUAUUGUUUUUCGGCGAAGUUAGUCCCGAAAAUUUCCGCGAAAUUCCCGCGAUAUCAGCCGAUUUUUCUGCGAAUCUCUCUAAAAAUCCCGCGAAACUUGACUUUUUUCUCCGCGACCGAUCAGACGCCCUUAAGUUGCUGCUUAACUCAUAAAAGUGAAAAUAUUUUUAAUUUUGUGACCGAAAGCGCGUGAACCCCAAUGUCCGUUUCAAUGCGCGAAUUGUAAACAACGGUUGUAGUUGUAUUUCACCCAGGAUUUCAGAUCAACGUUUCGCAAUGCACAGCGACUCGCCACAUACUGAUAACAAUUGUUUUCAAUACGAUCGAUUGUGACCGGUCAACAUGACCGGCAAGACGAAAAGUUGACUGGUCAACUCCCCAAUCAGUCCGGACAUUGUCCGUUGACCGGCCGUUAUUUCGAGCCCUGCAUAGUGACAUUCUUGAGUGAAUGUGCAGAACAUUUCCAGCUUGAUUUGAGGGAUAAUGGUUGACCCAUACAUUUUUGUAAGGAACUGGUUUGCCUCCCAUGAAAGGACAUU